GUCCCGCCUCCCGAAAGCAACUUCUUUGAGGCGGCGGGAGAGAGUGGCGCCGAGGGAACAACUUUCCGAGGAGCUCCUCGUUCCCUGAGGAAACUGGGAGUCCCGGAGCGCGAGGCGUGGCUCUUGCCCGUCGCGCGGGAAGGACGAGUGUGUGUGUGUGUGUGUGUGUGUGUGUGUGAGAGAGAGAGAGAGAGAGAGAGAGAGACUGUGUGUGUCUGUGUGAGAGAGAGAGAGACUGUGUGUGUGUGUGUGUGUGUGAGAGAGAGAGAGAGAGAGAGUGAGUGAGUGUGUGUGAGAGAGACUGUGGUGUGUGUGUGAGAGAGACUGUGUGUGUGUGUGAGUCUGUGUGUGAGAGAGAGACUGUGUGUGUGAGUGUUUGUGUGUGUGAGAGAGAGACUGUGUGUGUGUGUGUGUGUGUGUGUGAGAGAGAGAGAGAGAGAGAGGGAGAGGGAAGGAGGGAGGUGUCCUCUCGCGCGCCUCCUCCAGCCCUCUCCAAGCCUCAGCCGGUGCUUUCCUCCUCUCUCCCCCCGCCUCUCAGAAUGAGGGGCGCGAGCCGACCCCCUGGCGAGCGGGCGGGCGCCCACCUGGCAGCCCCACCCCGGCAGCAGGUAAAGCCCCGCCCCUCGGGUGUGUGAGGCGACGGCAGGCAAGUGGCGACGGCGCUCCUCUUCUUCUUCUUCUUCCUCGGGCUCCCGGCGCUCGCUCUGCCCUGAACCAAGCCUCGCCUCGGCUCCGCGCACCUUCUUCGGGGGAGGAAGAGAGAGACGGCCACUCGAGCGCGGGGUGAGUGGGUGAGGGUGGCAGCGGGUGCGCGGGCUCUGGGCGAAGCUGCGCCUCCUCCUCCUCCUCGGGAACUGCCUCAUAUAGCGAGUCAGGCGAUUGGUCCAUCCGGGAUGGUCUGCCCCAGCCUAGCCUCCAGCUGAUGCCCUCCAGAUGUUUGGGCCUGCCAGCUCCCGCCCUCUCUGCUAGGCCUGGUGGGAGUUGGGGGGUGUUUGGGUGUGUUCAGCCCCACCUAGAGGGGAUCGGGUUAGAGGGCAGGGGCAAGCCAGUGGGGUGUAAGCAGGAAGCCAGAAAUGAUGGGCAACAACUCCCACCAUGGGCCUAGCCAGAGGGGGCAGCGAAAUAAAUAUAUUUAACUGACCAAACGUGUCACAGAUAAGUUGGUUGUUCCCACCACCACCACAUAAGGACUGCCCCCCCUAAAAUAAAUCCUGGCUAUACCCAUGACUCCCAGCAUGACCAGUGGCCAGGCAUUAAGCAGAACAGUUUGUCCACAGCUAUUGUUUGGCUACCCUGCGAUGCGAGGAGGCAGGGAAGGUGGUCUUUGGGGACUGGCCAUGGCACUCCAGGGUUUCAGACAGGAGGCCCUGCAGGGAGGUGCCAGAGAUCAAACAUGGAAACUUUUGCAUGCAAAGCGUGGCUUCUGAACACGUGUCAAGGCGUGGGAUAAGGAAGUGGCUUUGAACACACGCUCCCUGGAUUCUGAGGCAUUUGUAUUUUUUCAAGCUGAAGAAUGUGUCAGAAUAGUUUCUGUUGCUCUCUGCUAGCCUGUGUGUCCUCACACCUUGGUCUCUCUGACUCCUGCUCUGUGCUAUGUUAGAUCUAGCCUGCAGCCACUAGAGACAGGUGAAGUCCAUCUCUAGAAGGCUGCAAGUAUUGCCGUGCAAGUUCUGAUCAAUGUCCACCUAGUCCAGCAUUGCGCUGCCAGCCAGACACCUCCAGGAAGUUCACAAGCAAAAUCCCCCCCCCCCAAAAAAAUUUAGUCUUAGGUUCUUUUUGCUUAUAGAGAAUCCCUUCACCAAAUGGUCCUGGGCCAGUUACAAAACCAUCGCAGUUCAAAUAAGUGAAAUAUACAGGUCUUAAAAAUAAAAUAAAAUAAAGGGCCAGUAUCAGAAUAACAAAACCACAGCACAGAACAUCAGUGUGUAGCAACACAGGAGGCAGGAAGACAGCCACUCAACCAAAGGCUCAGGUAAAGAGGUGUGUCUUAGCCAAUCACCAAGAAGCAUACAAUGAUGGCACAGGACACACUUGGAAGGCCAAUUAGACAAUCUGGGGACCACCUCAGAUAAUGCGGAUUACAAUUCCCAUGAGCCCAAGCCAGCACAGUCAGGGAUGAUGGGAGGUGUAGUCUGGACAACCUCUUGAGGACACUGGGUUGGGGAAGGUUGCUCUGUUUGUUUCUUGCUCAUGGCAAAUAGCCCUUACUAUGAUUAUUCAGAGCAAGGUUUGCCUGUGCAUGUAACACUUUGCAGAGUGGGCAGGAAUUCAGUAGGGAGAACGGUUCCCAUGACUGUGGCUUCGUUGGGGCUGAAAGGCUAAGCUGUUGAAGUAUGCCCGUCAUGCAAGUGUUAGAAAUAGAGGAACCUUGUGAAGAAGAGGAGGAGGGGACCUGGCAACCCUUGUUCAAAGAGUGUCCCCUUUGAUCAGGGUGGGUUCAAGUUCAGAACUCAUCUAUUUCCUUUUUUCCAGCUGGGUUGCAACAACUUCUUUUUAUAGGGGGGAAAAAUCUAAUUUCUUUUGUUUUAUCACACUAGUAUAUUUCCUAUGGACUUUUUAAGACAAAUAAUGUGUUUCAGUUUGUCCAUGUGUUUUGGGGCCUUCUGGUGUUCACCUAAAUGCAUAGAUAUAGGGACCUGCACCAAAUACAUAAUUUGAGCUACAAGGGAGUUAUUUGCUUUUUUGGGGCCAAAUUCUAUAUGCCUUAAGUUAUGUUAAACAUGACUUCCUUAUCAGUACCAUUCAUCAAGUAAACUGAGAAAUCAAAAAUACUUAGAUCAGCUGUGUUUGGGUGUGUGGUCUAAAAAUAAAUUGAAUACAAACGAAAGCACAUUACACACUGGCUUGUAUUUGAGUCAAGCAGCUAUAAUUACAAUUGGGGCUGUAAAUUUAAAUCUCAGUUUUACUUGAACAAACAAGCUAGACUGUGAUUCACAAACAUGAGUCCUGUUUGGUUCCAGCUUGCUAUUAACUUUGUUUUCUUUUCUUGUCAUUUUCCUCUGCUCUCCAACUAUGGAGCCACAUUUUUCUCUUAUAAUUGGUAGGUUAUACUAUAUUUGUUUCCAUAAAGCUUUGCUGGACCAACAAUUGUGGUGACUCUCUCUGAGAGUGCAGACCUGCAAAUGUCAAUAAUUGCACACCUGAGCUAUUCAGUUUUUAUUUAUAUUUCAUAUGGACUCUCUAGAAAAGAAUACUGGGUGACUUUGUUUUAUGAGGGAAUAGACUCCAAAGUCUACCCUUUGCUUUGUAGUGUGUUUUGCACAAAGAAACGGGCAGUUUUGAGGAAGGUACCAUGGCCAACUUCCACUCGCAAAAGCCCUUGGUGAGGAAAUUAUAUCCUUGCCCCUACCAUCUGUUGAACUCAGCUGGGAUGGACUUUAGGCAUGUACGGCUUUCCAACAUUUGUGGUGCUGUGCCCACGGCUAACUUUGGCUGAAUUCAGUGCUUGUGCACAUGCUGCUCCCAACAACAUUACACAGCUUGGUUUUUAAAUUUUUGAAGGCUGACAGCAUCGCAUGAACUGGAUCUUGCAUGGAAGGAAAUGUGGGAGUUGGACUGCAGCAUCUAUUUUACGAAUUUAUCUGAAGUCAUAACGACACCAAAUUUUGUGAUAUGGGAGUUGGUGGCAUGACCCUGCUUGAUAGGGGUCACACUCCUUCUGAUGGAGUGGUUUGCCACCAGGGCUGUUCAGAGACAGCAGGUGAUGUUUCUGAUCUGCAGUUCUUUCUGUCUGUUACACUUCAUCGGCAGCCACACUCUUUCCAACAAAUGAGGGAUCUUGGCAGCUGUAGCUCAUGGCUUUGUAACUGCACAUAGUGACUACUGCAGCGAGUUCUGCAUGGGGGUACCAUGAGAUAUUCAGCAGUGUAGGCUUUAUAGGUUACCUGUGCUACCCCCAAGAGCACUGCUUAGUUACCAAGUGAUGGCCAUUGCCUACAAAGUCCUAAAGUUGUUAAGUUUGGUAUUCCUUGGGAAUACCUCUAUCCCAUCGAAGCACUCCACCUUGAGAGAUCUGAUUGUGAGCUAGUUUUGGUAACGGUCAGAAGCAGAGUAGUCAUGAUAAAGUUGUGGAACAUUCUCGCUGAAGAAGCGUGUCGUAGCCUGACCCUGUAAUGUUUUCCACGAAUAUUUCCAGGCUCUUGGUCAGGUAUUGGUUCACCUGGAGCUGAUCCACCUGUUAUUUCCUUGCCAAUUCUCCGUUUGGUUAGCACUUAGAGCCUUACUGAAAAACAGCAUAAAGAAUAUCUAAUGCAGUGCUUCUCCAAGAGUGCAGAAGGGACAAUCCCUGCCAUUUCUUCCCUACUGGUAAAGGUAAAGGGACCCCUGACCAUUAGGUCCAGUCGUGACCAACUCUGGGGUUGCGGCGCUCAUCUCGCUUUAUUGGCCAAGGGAGCCAGCGUACAGCUUCCGGGUCAUGUGGCCAGCAUGACUAAGCCGCUUCUGGCGAACCAGAGCAGCGCACGGAAACGGUGUUUACCUUCCCACCAGAGCGGUACCUAUUUAUCUACUUGCACUUUGACGUGCUUUCGAACUGCUAGGUUGGCAGGAGCAGGGACCGAGCAACGGGAGCUCACCCUGUCGCGGGGAUUCGAACCGCCGACCUUCUGAUCGGCAAGCCCUAGGCUCUGUGGUUUAACCCACAGCACCACCCACCUAAAAGCCUCCACUGACAAUCAGGAAAACCUUACAGCUUUUUAAGGCUGUAGUGGGGAAGAGGAGAAAGAAAUUGCCCUCGCACAAGCACUGCAUUGUAGUUACCCCGUAACAGAAUUCUGCUGAAUCACUGGAAAAUUUGGCAAUACUACCAAACCUUCAAAGACCUGGCUCAUCGCUCAUGUCUUUCCUUAUCUGCUUGUAACAGACACCAUAACAAGAGGUAAAAACAUUGAGGAUCAGUACUGAUUUGUUGUGUGCCCUAACUACUAGAAUUCCUGGAAUUAUUUGGCUUUUGACCUCCUUUUCUUCAUUAUGUUUUAAGGCAUAUGUGUUUGUGGUAUAAUCCUUUACAGAUGUUGAUCCAUUAGUCUCUCAACUUCAGUGUUGCAUUUUAAAUAAAUAGGCUCUACAGUAGCAUCUGCUGCGCAUAAAUCAAGGCAGGAGUUACUUCAAAGUGACAGAUUAGAUGUAAAUCUUCCUGGUUGAUGAAAAGGAAAUGUUAACAUUCCUUUUGGGAGAGGGAGAAUGAAAACCCGCAAGGGACUGGCUUCAUCAGUGUUCAGGAUUGAACUCAUGAAAUCUGAACUUGAGCCUUGUCAGUUUAGGCUUGCAGUAGGGAACAACUGUCUGCAUUUGAUAGAGACCUGUGAUCAUUAACAGGAUCGCUGUAUUUUGAAACAAAGAGUCCUCAGGGCAUGCUGUUCAUCAGAUAUGAUGAAAAGGCAAGGUAGCAUCUGGGUUUUGGGAAAGCAUUUCAAGCAUCUGCUUACAGGAAAAAAUAUUAUCUCUAUGUCAUUCAUUCUGAAAACAGCCUUCUUAUUUGCAUGAGAAAACAGGAUCACCCAAACUGGUGUGUGUGUUCUUUAAGAGAAAGAUUUUGGGGUUGGGGGGUUGGGGUAGGUAUUCAAAGUACUAUGUUUCUACAUGCCUUAGCUGUUAUUCAGACAAUAGCCACCUUUCUGCCUGUGACGCAGGGAAAUCUGAUUUUGAAAUGGAGGGGGACUUCAGAAAUAAAUUGUGACAUGGCAUGGCGUGUGUGUGAUGUCAGCUGUUCAAAUAAAAAAUGAUUAAAAUUUUCCCCAAGCCACACGCAAGCCUUUAGGUGUGCCAGAAGUAGCUGUCUGGACUCCCAAGUCUUUGCGUACAGUAUGAUUUAACUUUCAGGUGUAUCCCUGCUGCUGAGGUUUGCAAUUCUUAUUAAUGAUAAUUUAGAUAGGACUAUUUAUAAAUGUAUAGCUCUGUUUUUGACAAGGCUGUCAAACAAAAAGGCCCUGUGGGGAGCUUAUCCCGCUCUUUAAUGAGAUCCUGGUGCGGCCUAUAGAAGGGGCGGGCAGAUUUCAGGCUUGGGAGCUCUACAAUGUUGGUGUUUGGUUUUUGCUAGAACCCCCCAAGAUCUAUCAGCCAGAGCCCUGUGCAAAAGGCGUACUGUUAGAAUUAAAGAACAAUGUGCCUCAGAGCACAUUCUCAGCCCAGGAAUUUGUUAUCAGUAUCAGAACUAUUGUUCCAUAACAUCCGAAUCAGGAGAGGUUGCAAAAGCUUUUUGGUUCAGUGUCUGGAUGUAGUUGUAGACUGGAUGAGGACCAAUAAGCUGUGUUCGAAUCCUGGGAAGACCGAGGUUCUUUGGGUCUGUGGUUCCCAUGUUCAGGAAAUUAGCAAUUUACCUGUUCUGGAUGGGGUUGCACUCUGUCUCAAGAGGCAGGUGCUUAUAUUGGGGAUACAUCUCUGUCAAUAGAAGCCCAAGUGCCCUCUAUGCUAGGAGUGCCUUUUACCAGCUUUGUCUGCUUUGCCAGCUAUGGCUGUUCCUAGCUUGACCACUGUAGCCCAUGCAUUGGUAACCUUGAGACUAGAUUACUGUAAUGCGCUCUGGGUCUGGUUUGGAAGAUCCAGCUGGUGCAGAAUGCUGCGACCAGGUUGCUGAUGGAAGCUUCUGGUUGAGAACAUGUGACAUCAAAACAGCUUCACUGGUUGCCCAUCUGCCACCAAGCCAGGUUCAAGGUUCUUGCAUUGAUUUCCAAAGCUCUGAAGAACUUGGGUCCAGGGCACCUCAGGGAUUGCCUGAACCCUUAUAUCCCAGCUCGAUCACUGAGAUCAUCUGCAAGAGCAUCUCUGGUCAUUCUCCAAGUUGAUGAGGCUAAUUUGACAACAACAGGAAACUGAGACUUUAGUGUUAUUGGCUCGGUCCUCUGGAACACCCUGCCAAUAGAGAUUCAGUGGGUGACUUCAGCACCAGCUGUUAAACACCUGCUGAAAACUUUCCUCUUCUGCCAGUCUAUGCAGGAAAAUAAGAGUACACACCAUGUCUGCUGAUGUUUGUUUUUGUUUUGCUUUUAACUUAAAAAAAAACUUUUUAGGAUUUUACUGUCUGGUUUUAUGUUUUUAUAUUGUUGUAAACUGCUGUUAUAGGUUUUUAUGAUACAGUGGUAUAUAACUAUCUUGUUAAAUAAAUAAAUGAAAUGAAAUGAAAUGAGCUCAUUCUUUUCAGGUAAAAAUCUACUGCAGAUUAGCUUUCCUCAUUUCAGCAGCCUAAUUUAAAAAGUUGUUUUGUUGUUUCUCUUGCUAAAACAACUGGAAACCAGAAACACUUGCAAAUCACCCAGAGAUCUAUCUACCUGCAGAUCCCAAUCUACCUUCUGACCAUCCCUUGCCUAUGGCACCUGCCAUAUUAUUAAACCAUAUCCAGGGUUGGUCUGGAUUUAGGGUGAAUACUUCCACAUCCAUUUUGAUAAGUGAUGGAUGGAAAAGGACUAUUUUCUUCUGGGAUUUUCAGGAUACAGCAAGGUAAAGAGUAUCCUCUAUUUGUUUGAUUUAUUUAAUUCUAAGAAAUGUAUACCCCAUUUUUUCAUUAAUAAAAAUAAUCCACAAGGUUAAUAUAGUACAAUAGUAAGACAGACUAAAACUAAAAUAAAACAACUGCAUAAUAAAACCAGCAACAUGUAAGGUAGUAUGAAAAUAUUAUUAAUUAACACAUAUGUAGUUAAAAAAACCAACUUUUUGUUUUAUCGUAUUCAAGCUACACAUUUUUGGAAGAUUUUUCUGGGGCUGCAGGACAGUUUUAUACUUUGAAUUUGAGCUUCUCAUUAUGUUGGGUUUCUUAAUUGGGUAUCAGAUUCAGGUGGGAAUUUUUUUUAGUAAAAAUAUAUAGCUAUGUUUCCUAGACAUUUGGUGAAUAGUAUGUCUGGCCCUAUAAAUUUUUUGUAUGGAGACUAAUUUGCUCAAAAUUGAAGCCAGAUAUAUGCUGAAAUUUUCACAUGCAUUCAAGUAACUCUCACUUUCUCUAGUAUUGUUUGCAGUGUGAGGGGGUUAUUCGAACAUUAUGCUGUCCAUCAAGAAAAUAGCACACUAUUGUUCCAAAAAAAAGAGUAGGAGUAAGUAAUAGGCAUAGUUGGUUGACUACUGUUAACUCUUCACUUCUUGCAGAUUUAAGUCAGUGUGUCCUAUAGCUUACCCUAACAGGUUCCUAUUGAAACAUUUUUUGCACGUUUUAUUUACAUAUGCCCUAGGAUAAUAAGUCAAAGGAAUUUUCACAUUGGUAGUAGAAAUACUUGUGCAUUGGGGACUUAGUUAUAGACAAGGACUCUUGAGUUUUAUCCAGUCUUCUACGAGUGCAGCACCCAAAUGAAUCUCCAUAGGGCUCUGCUUCCUCCUCUUCCUCUCUCCACAGCAAUAUAUACUCAAGGCACUCACAAUGCCAGGCCCUUACGGGAAUUAGGAGUGAGGCCUAUGUGUACCUCCCAUUCAUGAAAGAAGCCUAUAGUGUCUGCACAUGCCCAUGGGUGCAUACCAAAGCAGGAGAGAGGGGAGAAAGGGGCAUACCAUCAAUGGUGUAACUGAGCCCAUGAUAUUUCAUUCUUAUGCACAUGGGUUUUAUGUAAAAUCAAGCAUUUUGCACUAGUUUCCCCAAGGUUUUCUGUAUCUUUAGAGAUAAUUGGGAGGAAGGGAAUAUUACCAUUAUUAUCUAAUAAGUAGCUUCUGUUUACGCAUUGAAAUGUUCAAUCGAAAAUAAAUGUGUUGCAUAUAAUCCAUUGCAAAUUGCAUAUGCAAUCACAUCCAGGUGUGUGUGUGUGUGUGUGUGUGUGUGUGUGUAAAAUAUCCCUUUCAAGCAGUACAUCUACUUCAGUUGCUCUUUUAUCACUCCUCUCUAUCUUUGAUGAACCCUUUCAGUUCCCUGAUACAUCCCAGUACAGUCAUACCUCUGGUUGAAGUUGCUUCAGGUUGAGCGCUUUCGUGUUGCGCUCCGUGGUGACCCAGAAGUAACGGAACGCGUUACUUCUGGGUUUCGCCACUCGAGCAUGCACAGACGGUCAAAAUGACGUCAUGCGCACGCGUGGAAGCGGCAAAUCAUGACCCGCACACGUGCAGAUGUGGGUUGUAUUAGCUUCUGGAUGUGAACGGGGCUCCAGAACAGAUCCCAUUCAUAUCCAGAGGUACCACUGUAAUUGUGUAACUUGCAGUGCAAUUCUAUACACAUCUACUCAAAACUAAAUUCUGUUGACUUUGGUAAAUCUUACUCCCUAUACGUGAAUAUAGGGAUGCAAGCUUUACUAGACUGAAAAAAAUCCUGGAAUUCCUUUAAUUGCCAUAUCUAGGUAAUGCAAAAUAAGUUAUUCUGGACAUUUAUAUCCCAAAAGUCACAAUCUGGGGAAUUUACACACCCUUUCAUUAUUUUUUUUUAAAAAUUACCCUCUGGUUGCAUACGACUCUUACUCCUUGUUCGCCUCAUACUGUUCAGACCUGUAAGAUCCUGCCUGUUUACAUUGUAUAAAAAAGCAGACAUAUUUGUACAAUUGGAGGUAUUUCCCUGUCAGCUAGAUGUAAGACUUGAUCAGAAUGUGUUAUUCACUGGUAAGGAUCUUUUUUUAAAAGGCCUUGCAUGCUGUGUAAAAGCAAAUAUUUAAUCAUAUGACAGAUAACAAAGGAUGAAAGACAGAUUCUUUGAAUCUAAUGUAUACCUUGCAACCAUGUAUGUACUUACGACAGAGUAGGAAACGGGCCACUGUGCUAGGAAAAUGAAAGAUGUUGAGGUGCAAUUGCAAGAUACCUGUUAAAAGGAGUCUUGUUCCUUUUCUGUGUUGAGGUGCCUAAAGAGACUACAAUCCUAUACCCAUUUACUUGUAAGUAGCCUCAUUAACACAGUGAGGCAUUACACAUGGAUUGCACUGUGAAUCAUUCAGAUCUGUGUUUUGCACACAGGCACCUCUACAAUUUAGGGACAUUGUUAUCUUCCGCGUUAGAGAGAAUGAGAGGAACCACUUUUCCCUUUUGUGUUCUGUUUCCAUCCUUUUGCUUCUUUAAUUACAAUGCUGGUGAUAUUUCCAUGCAUCACAACUCUAUGCAGGUUUUUCUUUUGCACCUAGUUUUGGUGGCAUUCCCCUUGGAGUUGCCAGGAUGAUGGAGGUUUCCCAGAUGGUACUCAUUAGCACAGCUUUGCUAGAGCUGUAUCCCCAAUAAUGGCUGUGUUGUGCUAUAUCCAUGUCAUGUUAACAACUAGAGUGAAGUAAAUCUGGUGAUCAGCUUAUGUCAGAUGAGCCCUGCCUAGUGUGCUGAUCCUUGGACCGCUUCUGAUUAUUUCAAUCCUCUGCCAAGGGACCAGAUGCCAUAAAGGUUAUUGCUAUUGUUGCUUUCAGGAAUUUGUAAAAGAAAGCUGUGUUAAAAGAGUGCAAGGCACUUUAUGAACUGGGAGAAAAUAUUAAGGACAUUUGAAAAGCCUGCUGGAUUAGGCCAGUCACUCAUCUAGCCCACCACUCUCCCCUUCUGUGGUUUCCAGCAACAGGUGUUCAAAAGCAUUACUGCUUCCAUUCUUCAGUAAUAUGUGAAUAAUUGACUUGUGCAAGCUUGAAAAUAGCCACUGCCUUAGUUCUUUUGGAUGAGUAAGUCACAUGACUUCCACAGUCCCGAAAGACGCAUGUCCUGGUUUUCCUCUGCGACUUGUUGGUGGUUUUUGAAGUAAGCAUCCCAGAAGGUCUACACUCCAGAGCAGAAGUGGGGAACCUUUGGUGCUCCAGAUGUUGCUGAACUACAGCUCCUGUCAGCCCUAGCAAGGGAUGAUGGGAGUUGUAGUUCUGGAGGCACAGACGUUCCCCAUACUUGCUGUGCAGGCAAUGCAUGGGACUGCUUCUUCCUUUCUGUGUAUUUCAGAUGACUACUAUUUAUCAAGGUACACAUUUAAAAACCAAGCAAGAUGCCAUGUGCAUGUUAUUCGAUGACACAAUUAUAAGAGGCCCAACUGAAACACUCAAAUAUUGUCAAUGUUUAAAGCAUGGGUAGGCAAACUAAGGCCCACGGGCCGGAUCAGCCCCAAUUGCCUUCUGGAUCUGGCCCGUGGAUGGUCCUGGAGUCACCACACAGAUCGCCAGCGUUCGUGUUCUUUCCCUCUCCCUCCCACAGCGGCAGCGCCUCCUCCCUCCCUCGUCCUGGCUUCUCCCCGCCCUGCCUAGAGGAGGAAGGGGGCUGGGCUUUAUUGGUGCGAGCAGCAGCAGCGCUCUAGUGGCCGCCAUUUUAAGCAGCCCCUCUCUGGAGCCCUUUCGUGCGCCACUCAUCGUCCUGCUGCUGCUGCCGCUAGCCCCUGCCACUCGCAAGACACAGGUAAGCAGCAUCAGGGCUCGUGGUGCUCUUGCAUCAUCCCCCCCCCCAAAUAUAGUCCAGCCCUCCACAAGAAGGACAGUGGACUGGGCCCCUGCUGAAAAAGUUUGCUGACCCCUGGUUUAAAGCUUUCUUGUCUAUGAGGCACAUGUUAGCUUGUGGAUUGGCUUCUUACAAAACACUCUUUCACCUAACAAACAGUGUUGUCACUGGGUGUGUAGAGGCAGUGUUGGCUCAUGAUUUCUGCUUGGCAGCAUCUCUGGACAAAAUUGCCUAUGAAGAUGAUGCUUGGGUUAGCCAAAACUAUUAAAGUCUGAUCAUUCAUAUAAAAUAGGCAAGUAAUAUAUAGAAGGUAAAUAGUGACACUGUGAAGUCACCUGGAUUUUAAUUGGCUUGGCUAUGGUGGAGCCAUAUGGUUGUGACUGCGAUACUCAUGCUCUCUGUGUUAUACUUCCAGCUUCAUUGUGUUGUGUAGAAGAAACCGUGAUAUAAAGAGGUGGCCACGUCAUUUUUUAAAGAAAUCAUUAUAACUAAAGGUAUCCUCUUCAUGAAACUUACUCUGAAAAAAUAUAUAUAUUAUUGCCUGAAAGUGUUUUUGGCCUGUACAACUUGGAACAAGUAUGAAAAAGUUUACAUUUUUAAUCAAAUGAUAUUCUAAGGCUGCAGCCCGCUGCACCAUUCUUUUUAAGUCCUCGGUGAAUCUAAGGGCCCAACACUUAAAUUAUAUUUUAAAGUUGUACGUGUCUUGUCUUACACCUUAAAAUACUGUGUGAAAAGUAUACAGACCCAAGUUUGCAAAUGUCUACCAUAUGGCUCAAGGCGUUGGGCUGUCAUUUCUUACUGGAUGCUUGCUUGGUGGCAAACUCUGGUUUGCCUCUGGGUAAGAUGUGAAAUGUUCCUCAUUUUAAAAAUAAACAUGAAAAUAAUUGGAUGCAAGAAAAUUCUCUUUAAAGCCUUUUGUGUACUCCCUGUGCGCACACAUAUACAUAACAUAUUUGGUUCGCUUCUAAAUUAGUCUGAAAAGUGAAACCCAUUGUAGGAGCAAUACACCUUUCCUUUUAUCCAGGGUUUUAAUAUAAUGGUUUACCUACAAUUGCUGUAAUUGGUAAGCCUGUCAUAAAAACAUAAUAGAGAGUGCCUCCGUAAAUUAGGAUUAAUGUUGUUCAGUUCUUUUGUGGUGGAUUAACAGUGAUUGACAUCAGUUGAGAGCCUGGAUUCGGUUAAUAGUGUCAUGCGAAGAGUAAUCAGUGAAGUUCUGUCUUACCUUUAAGUCCCCUGAAAGCUUACUUUGGAGGCAAGGAACUGUAAUGUUUAUUCUGAAAAUGUGUGGCCCUUGGAAAUGUUGCAACAUUUCUCCGGUAGCAGACCACACAGAGGACUUUGGUCUUGAACCUGCCUUGGAAAGUAGCUAGUUGAGUUUCAGAGCAGACUGCUAAUUCUACACCAACCAGUAUAGAUGAAGGAUAUGAAUACCUUUAUCAGUCUGAUGGACAUAGAAGUAUGUUCUGAAAUGUAGUAAAGAGUACAAUGAUCAGAUAUAAACUUUAUGAAGGGUGAGUUAUCCAGAUCCCUAGCUCUUUUAACGCAACUGGUAUUGUAGGUUUUUGAUUUGACAGCUUCAAUUUUAAAAUUUGUUGCAUUCAUUUAUUAAAUUUCUACACCACUUGAAGAUCACUUUACAAUAUAAAAACUCAAAAACCACAUCUGCAGUGCAACUAAUGCAGGAGUUAAUAAAGCAUUUCCUGCAGGGCAUGCUCCUGUGGUUUGUCCGCCAAGCUCAUCUUAGUAUGUACACAGAAAAACUAGUAAUUCCAAAAGCUUUAAGUUUAAGAGCUUCUUAAACAGAGCUUCAAUACAUUAAUGCUUUCUUUGCAUAAACUAAGGCUGCAUUUGCAUUUGCAUGGCAGUUUCCCUGUUUGCUUCCACAUUAUAUAUUUGAGCUUUCACAUAACAUAAGGUCAUGUGGAAUCUAGUGGAAGUUUAGUGCUCAUUUCCAUGUUAAUUGCUUCCGGGGUGGGGUGGGGUGCGGGGAACCCCAUUCUCAGUGCUAUUAACCUAGAAAACCACUAGAGUAAAGAGAUGAAAUUUGGGGUAUUAUACUGACAUGCAGUUUUCCCCCUGCAGUUUUCAUGGGGGAAUAUGCAUGUGCAGGAAUCAUGCAUGUGCAGGAAGGUUGGAGAAUGUCCAGUGACAUUCAUUUUUGUGUAAAACACACACACAUUCCAUUAAUGUGAAUGAAAUUUUGCAUGACUUGAUCAGUAAAAAAGUCACAGUACCAUAAUGCAACAAGUAAAGAUAAAGGUUAAAGGACCCCUGACAAUUAAGUCCAGUCGCGAACAACUCUGGGGUUGCGGCGCUCAUCUCACUUUACAGGCUGAGGGAGCUGGUGUUUGUCCGCUUCUGCAGACAGUUUUUCCAGGUCAUGUGGCCAACGUGAAUAAGCUGCUUCUGGCGAAACCAGAGCAGCGCAUGGAAACGCUGUUUACCUUCCCAUCAGAGCACUACCUAUUUAUCUACUUGCACUGUGUGCUUUCGAACUGCUAGGUUGGCAGGAGCUGGGACCGAACAACAGCAGUUCACCCCAUCACGGGGUCUCGAACCGCUGACCUUCCGAUUGGCAAGUCCAAGCGGCACAGUGGUUUAAACCACAGCGCCACCCGCGUCCCAAUGCAACAGGUACUGCAGUGCAAAAAGAACAUUAGAAAACAGCACAGAAGCACUUGCAUUAUAAUCAAGAAAACUAAUGUAAUAUUCUCCACAUCUGAAUGUACCUUAAAAGAGUUUCCUUCAAAAUGAAGUGUAGAUUGGGAACCAAGAAGCGAAUGCUUAUUGUGAAGGAGAAUAGGAUAAAUGAGGAGGACAGAGCCACCCAACACCUGAGUGAACAAUUACUCCCUUUUAGACAAAUGGGUGUUAUCUGAAUUCAUCUGCCAACUGACAAGCAGUUCUUAAGGUAACCUAGCAAUAAGCUACUGGAAGUUCACAACUAAAGUAUUUGUUAACAACUAUAUGCCUGAAUGCAGAGUAUAAUCUUUCUGGAGGAUGCCUAAAUUCUGCUGUCAGGGACUAAAAGGUUCGUGCUAAAAGAUAAUAAUAAAAAAAACUGUAGCAAUAACUUCCCCAGGCAAUGUUGGUAAAGCAUGAGCCACAAAGCUUCACUGGAAAGAAUGAAGGGCUUGCUUAGAGCAGGUGCAGAAAUUUGAAUGCUUUCUACUCCUUUGCAGAUUUAUUGCAGUCUGGAAUCAAACAGAUGACAAAAGUUACUGUUGGGAACAUAGGAAACUGUCUUAUAUCUCUAUAUAAGAGUCAGGCCAUUGGUCCAUAUAGCUUAGUGUUGUCCAUACUGACUGUAGAGAAGCUGCUCUGCAGGGUUUCAGAUACGAUACUCUCCCAGGCAUACCUGGAGAUGCCAAAUAUUGAACUUUCCUCAUGCAAAGUGUAUGCUCUGCUCUCCCACUGAGCCUUUCCCUUAAUUGCUUCCCAACUUCAAAGGUGAUGGUGAAAGUUACCAUUAUGGUAAACCCUAAGAAAGACUUUGCAACCAUUUACAGCCAUGCCUGAAAAGCCUUACAAAGGAUCUGAGAGUACAUUAUUCUAAAGCUCAAAAGAGUCUGGUUGUUUGUCUGAUGCUAACAUUUCCUAACAUGCCCAAAGUUUUUCUCAGCUCAGUUAUAGACAUAGCUUAAGACGUAGCUCACUUGCUGUUUAGUACCCCAUGUUCUUUGGAAGAUCAUGAAGUGCAAGCCAUGUAACUCUGUACCAAUUUGCAGAGAUGCCCCAGUGUUGUUUGUGCUGGUAUAACAGUGGAUAUGUGGGAAAGUUUCUCAGGCAAUAACUGGGUGCAGAUUUGUCCUGAUUUUGGGUAAUUACCUCCUCUUUUUCUUCUUCCAUGAGUGUGUCUGCAAUGUUGCAUCCACCUGUAAUGUUUUCUGGAAUUCCGGAAUUCCAGAAGGAGGGCAUGUCCUUCUGAACUGUGGGUCUGAAAGCAUGAUGUGAAACCUGCCAAUUAAGCUGGACCCAUGAGACCUCCCAGCUGCUCUAUUAGCCUGUUCUUAUCAUUAUUUCUGAUAGUGCUUUGGUUGGAAGUGGACUCUCCACUUCUCCCUACCCAGUCUCUGCAGCUUUGUUUGCUGCAUAGAUUGUCCGUUGAGGGCCAGUGUGCUAUCUUCAUUAUGGGUAGUGGGUUCUGUGUGCUCUGGUAUCUGGGACUAGGAGUCUGAGCCCCUUUUUCAGGUGAUGAGGUUGAGGACUCUUAACCAGAAGAGGAAGCACACACAAGGCUAGCUGCAGUAGCACUUCUACCAUAUGACUUCAUUGCAGAAGACCUAGUGUGAAACUAGAGGCUGUCCUACUCCUUCAUGGUAGGAUGAUGAUGAUGAUUAAAAUUUGUAUAACACCCUAUACCCUUAGAUCUCAGGGCAGUUCACAACAUAAAUGGGCAGGUCUCAUUAGGCUCAUCUGGUGGAAGUGCUGGAGAGGGCUGGGACCCUUUAAUCAAAUAAAUGCCUUCCCGUGCAGAUGGGGCCAACAAUUGGAAAUCAACUGCUGCUACUAUACUGUAUAGGGCUCCACCUAAGUUUGUUUUUUGCAAAGAGUUCUGUGGUUUUAGAGCUAAGCUGGAACCUUGCGUACACUUUUUCUUGUUUUUACAUCUAGCCUGAAGCUCACCCUGCUUUUCAUCAGAGCGGGAUAAUAGCAGCAAAAGUUUUUCAUUUAGCGCAGGGUGAGGAAUAUCUAUAUUUUUGCCCUGAGGACCACAUUCACCCAUGAACAGCUUUCUAGGGGCUAUAAGCCCAUGAUGGGCAUGGCCCACUGUGACUGGGGCCACCCACAUUCUUACAUGCCCAGUAAACCUCUCCAUCCAACCCAUCGCCAUGAUAGGGAUGAAAUCACUCCUUCCUCACUUGUGCCUGCAUGCUUUUUAUUUCAGUAAAGGCACCGCUACGUUGGGAGAUAGCAGGCCAAUCCAGGUAAAAUUUGGCAGGCCAACCCAGGCCUUUGGGUUUGCUAUUCUUUGCAUCUGAUUUAGGGUUUUUACCAGUGCAUGGAAAUGUGGUAGUAAUUUCAGGCAGAGCACUGUGCGGCUUUGAUUUUAUGCUGGAUCUGGUGACAUUUUGCUGAUUGCUAGCCUCAACCCCCAUCUUAAUCAUUUUAUUUAUAUUUAUUUGGCAAAAUGCAUAUAAAGCUUUAUAAUAAACAAUACAGUAUUGUGAUGCAGAUUUUUUCAAUUUCAUUGUUCUGUAUGGGACAAUGACAAUAAAGAUUAUUGUAUUGUAUCGUAUUGAUUGUUCUAAAUUGCUGAAAUUGCCAUGGCUGUUUCUGUGCUGUUGAGGUGAAGUAUUUUCAGAGGAGAAGUAGGAAAAUGCAAAGGCAUUGUGAUGUCUCAGAACUGCUUGCGAGAAGUCUCACAAUAAUUCCUAGAAGUAUAUAUCUGGAGUAGAGAGUGUGGUCCUAUGCAGUGAUUCAAGGCCCAACACAGUAGUUUUAAACCUUGUAGGCUUGAAUAAAACUUCUGUAUAUUUCAGAGAAGAUUCCCAAACUGCCCUUUCUAGAUGACUCAUACGUCCCACUUGUUUUCUGUUCCCAGGAAAUACUUCUCAUCAUUUGGAUUAGUUGCCCUGUCUACCUACAGGAGAAUACCAUUCCUAUUUGUAAUAACUUGCUUGGGGCAGGGACAACUUGGAGGGAGGAGUAUCUGCUGGUACUGAUGAAACCACCUUUUCAUCUCCACCCACUGAAUUAAGGAAAACUUAUCCAUGUGGCAUUCCAUGGAGCAUGUAUUUAGGUUAAUUAUUAUUUUGCUGGUAUGGAGAACAGCUUUAGCAGAGACAAUAUCCUAAAUUAGAAGCCUGAUCCUGUAAAUGUUACUGUAGACCAGCCUUCCUCAACCUCAGCCUUCCAGAUGUUUUUGGCCUGCACCUCCCAUGAUCCCUAGCUAGCAGGACCCAGUGGUCAGGGAUGCUGGGAACUGUAGUCUCAAAAAAAUCUGGAGGGCUGAGGUUGAGGAAGCCUGCUGUAGACGUUAAGGACCAAACAUGUUGCAUUGAAGCUCCUGAUGUAGGUUUCAUUUUCCCCCCUCAGUACAUUUUUGGAGAGAGGAGGUGCAAAUCUAAUCUGCAUGGUGAAGCUGAUAAUCCCAGAAGCAGUGAAAUGGUAUGAAAACAAGUUCUGGUCAAGAAAACUUGAGGUUAUGGUUUGAGUUGGCCUGAAUGUUGGCUUUAAAGACAGAAAUGUCUCUUGUCUGCCUGGGCCCUUGCUGGAACACAAGACACAGAAGGCUGGGCAAUGCUUUAGUCAAGCUAAAUUCAUGUGGAAAGAAGAUAUAAGGUGUAAUGCUCUCUAUGGACUGCAGUGACCCAUUGUCUGUUUUGGUGUUGAUGUAAGCUGCCCCGUGAGGGUUUUGCUCUGAAAAAGGUGGCUUAUAAAUCUUUGAUAUUAAAUAAAGAAAUAGUAAACACUGUUCUUUCUUGAAUAAGACAACUGAAUUUUUUAAACUCCAAAUAUGACUAUCUACCCUUACGAUUUUCUAAAUACUGGCAAAGACAAAUGGACCCCCCCCAAUCGCUUGAGAACAAGGGGAAUUUAGAAUGGCAUGAGCUUGACAUCUCAUACCCUUGAGGUGGAGGUGACAUGACCUUCCAGUUCCUCUAUGAAAGAACCAGGUUGGGUGGCUAAUAAUUAUUGUGCAGCCGGAUACUGGGGGGGGGGGGGUUUGGGGUUGGGGGAAGUGUCAAGUGAGCCAGGUUUUCUACUUCAUUAGUUUGACAAAAUGAAUGAGCUGGUAUGUCAAGGUGAGAGACGUGACUUGUUGGCCAAAACUGGGAGCAAGGUUGGGGCAGAAAUUUGAUCGGGCCAUACAAUGGAUGCUUUCCAGUUUACCUCGCCAGCUCCUGUAACGGGUAAUUUCAUGUUUGAUUAUAAAUUCCUCUGAGGUAAACGAAACAUGCACCUCCUGGUAAGCCAUUUUAAGCAAAGCCUGUUGUCACCAUAGUUACAAAUGUCAAAACAGUCGUGCAGAAGUUAAAAGGCAAUAAAUGCAGCCCCCAAUCUGCUAAAGGGGCGAGGGAAGACCCUGGGAGAUGUGUGACUGCAAACGGAGUGAGGAGGUCACUACAGAGAAGCCUCAAUUUUGCCACAGAGGGGAGCAUAGUAAGACUCGUUCCUGGACUGUGGGUGGUUCUUCUGUCAUAGAAGGUGGCACCUGCUCCUACUACUUCAAAAAGAAAAUGUGGCUCAUGGAGCAACUGCAUCCUUGCAGACUGUGUACAUCUCUGAUGUUCAGCUGUGUAUGAGAACAGUUGCAGGAUCCACUUCUUAGUUCAGGCCCUCUCAGAGGUCCAGAGAGCCCUGGACUGGUUCAAGUUUUUGAGACUCCCUAGCCAUAAUAAAAUUAAUAAAAAAAGAAUGACACACAAAGAAAACAAGGCACAAUCUAAAAUUAUUAUUGUUAUUAUUAUUGUUAUUGUUAUCAGUACUAUUAUAAUUAUUAAGCAAAUGCUUGUUGAGUCUUUUUCUGUGCAACUGUGGCAGUGUGUGUCUUUUAUCAAACUGCAUCUCUUAUUUCCUUAAAUUUGCAACUCUAAGCUAUGAGGAUAUUUAUGUCAGUUUGUGCUGCUGCAUCCAGGACUCAUACCUGACACCAAUGUUAGCAACAUCCUGGUAAUUUGACUUUGGUUAGGUCCUUUGCAGCAGAGCUGUAGCUACGGGGUUGGGGGUGGGCUAGCCAGAUUUUUUGCCACUAGUGAAGCCUCCAGAGCAGUGCCAUUGAGGCUCCCAGCCUGUGUGUGUGUGUGCGCACAUGUGUGGGGUGUGUGUGUGCCAAACCAGAUCUUUGACCUGGGUGAAAUAAUGCCUAGUUUUGGCCUUGCCUUGCAGGAGCAUUAGGGUUUGCAGCACUUCAAACAAAAGCUGUCUACAGUUGGCCGUAUGAAACCAUUAAGAACUACUUGAAGGGUAGGCGAGCCCUUUGAUUGUCACAUUGCAUGUGUUCCUGCUUCAACUUGCAUAGGCAAACCAGAAUGAGUCUUGCCUGUGAUACUAAUAAGAGGGAGCAUGAAAAUAGUCUUCUUGCUAACUUUUGAGAUAUUCUACAAAAAUUAAAUCUGUUGAAUGAGACAAAACAAUCAAAUCAAAGCAUCCUUCUACUUGCUUAUAUCUUGCUCUGUCUGGCAAUUGGCUCUAACAGGGGUGGCCUAUAUUUAUGGCCCUGAGGGCUGCAUCUCCACCAGGUUUGUGGGCUGCAAGCCAGUGUGCUCAGAAAGUGGAUGUGGCCAACCCAUCCCUGGCAGGUGCUGGCACAUACCACACAUAUUGCAAACACACCAGGAUAAAUGCACACAUCACAUGGGCAUGCAACACACACACAGAGAUAAAACAUUGCCCUGUUUUUCUAGAUUGAUCAUCUGAUGAGAGGAUAAUGGAGUGGUUUUCAUUCUCAUCGUGGAAUGUUUGGAUGGUAUACCUGCUCUUUACCUGUGACACUACACCACGAGCAGUGAAAUUAUGUCUCUCCAGAUACAAAUGGCCUGGCAGGCUGCGUUUUAUGCUUGUCCUGGGCAUGGAGCCAAGUGCCGCCAUUGGGCAGUUGAUGCCACACCCAAGGGAACGUCCCAAAGGCCUUGCCGCCAUUGGUCAAUUUGGUUAGUUUGGCGACAGGGAGACGAUCCGGCCUCUCACUGUUCACAAGAGCAGCUCAGGGCCCAUCCUCAAAGCUGCCCACCCCAGAAGGGUGAACAGACCUCUCAUAAUCUCAUUGGCAAUGCUGGCGGGGGCUGAUGGGAGUUUUAAUCCAACUAUAUCUAGCAGGUUCCCCACCCUUGCACUAUAUCCUGGGCUGUAUCCUUUUAACCUAUGUGUCUGUUGGGGACCAGUGGGAACUGUGUUUGUUUGUUUUAUAUAUAUAAAAAAAGAGCUUAGGCAUUGCUCGGCUACCUGAAUGCGUUUGAAUGUUUCAAACAGUGAGCUAUUUGAAAGCUGUAGUGAUGGCCACCAAAUUGGAUGUCUUUGAAAGAGGAUUAGACAAAUUUCAGGAUUGCCAUGUUUUAUUUUCCCCUCCUCCCUCCCAAUCAUUUUUCCUUUUAUGUCAUGUAAUUUUUAGAUUGUAAACUUGAGGGAAGGAACUCUGUUAUCCACUGAGAUUUGUAAACAGCUCUGGGUGCCUUAUUUGGUUACAGAGCAGCAUAAAAAUGCUCCAGAUAAAUAAAUACGAUUCAGCUGCAUGAUAAAUUAUUUUUAUCUGAUGUUUAGUUUGUCUUGGUGCUUACCCAUUGGAACAGUCACUCAAAGCAGGUGUAAUGUGGUUCUUUUUCUUAGAUAGGUUUCUGUUAGUAUGGGUGCACAACACUUCCACUCUUUGCAUAUCUAUUACUUUGCUUUUAACAACAGCAUUUGCCUCAAUAUCUCUGGAAAUGACUUUAUCUGCAAAAAAAUAGUUUUAAAUUCUAAGUGCAUUCAUAUCCAGCGUUUGAUGUGGUUAACCACUUUUAAAAGAUAAGAUCCCAACCUCAUUUUAAUUAGAUCCUGUUUCUGUGCUUUGUUUGUGUUGACUGCAGCCUUGUCCUUUUCUUCCCUCUCUUAUUUUUCACGUGUCUGUGGUGAAUUCUUUAUUAGGAUUUACAACUUGUUGCGGCUGAAAAGCAGAUAGCAAGAUAUAUUCAGCAACUGAUAUGCUGUAAUCUUGUCUUAUAUAAAUGGGCUCUUGGCUCACUAUCAUUCAGCUAUGUGAAGCCCUCUUGCUAUUACUGCAGGAAGGAUAGAACAAGCCGAAAUAAAUGGCAUGUCUAGAUUCCUGCAAAAUAUUUAAUGUAUCAUGAGAGUUACUAUUUAAAACAAACAGAUUGUGAUGGUGACACAUGUUUCUUAAUUCCUUAUCCAAAUACUGUAUCAUGCAAACAGUAAAGCACUGGUCGGGAUUCAACUGUUUGUCCUGCUAGCAUAAGCCUGUGGGAGGAUUUCCUUCCUUCUCCUUAACCCAAGCCCCCCAGAAUUGGGUGGAGGUUGAGGAAAAACCCAGAACAGGGCACAGGAGAUGAAGAGGAGGAGGAGGGAUUGUUCCAUCUGGCAAGCCGAAAAGCUUGCACUGAUUGAAAGAUUGCCACAGUGCUACGUUGAAGUCCUCCUGCUAUAUUUUGCCAUUCUGCUUUAAGAAUAGAAUGCAUUGAAGCACUGUUGUUGCUUGUAUAUUUACAUACAAGAUCAUCUUUUCCAAUCUCACAUUUUUAGGACUUUCCAUUUGGCCGUAUAUCAUGUGGGCAGCUGUGGCCCACUGUGAUGAUCUGUUUUCCAUCGUAGGCUUGUUGGAGCAAAAACUACUAAACGUCUUGUAGCACCUUAGACCAGGUCAGCUGAAGGAUAACACCUCUUGCAUCUGAUGAAGUACACUUCAGUCUAGUCCACAAAAGCUUAUGCCAUAAUAAUUAUGUUUUGUUGUUUGUACUGUUGUAUUCUUGUGGUGCCAGAUGCAUGCCUAGGUUAGCCACAUUCUGAAAAACUAUGCUGCUGAGAUAAUUUUUGUUUUUUUUAUAACCUUUUAAUUGUUUUUGUAUAUUUUUAAUUGCAUUAUUUCAUGACUGGUUUGUUUGCUGCCCUGGGCUCCUUUGGGAGGAAGUGUGGAAUAUAAAUUUAAUACACAAAUAAGAAUUUCACAUUAAUUGGGGCAGAGUUAUGUCUUUGACCCUCCAGUCAUACCUAACAGCAGGGGAAGGGUGGUUUGAGGAGCACGAUGAGAAUGGAAAGUGGAGAUGGCUGGGGGAGAGGAAGAGAUGGGUAAAAAAAGGGGUUCAGGAGCUUCAACCUAUUGUCUGGUUUUCCACUAGAACUUGCUUAUUCAGCCCAUUGCUGUUCUGCAGUGACCUGGGUUUGCAGACGUGGCUCAACUGCUGUCACAUGUACCUUUUGAUAAUUCUGCACUCCCCACAUGAGUACUGUUAUGGCUAACUUCUUCUGAAAUUACGAGCUCUUUGAAAACUAAUUUGAAAUGCUCCUUCAAAUGCAUGCCUGUACAUGCAUGCAUGUGCACGUUGAUGUUCAGAGAGCAGAAUUCAAAAGCUACCAGGCACGCACAAGGCCUUCGACAUUCCUGAAAUAGCUAUCUCUGUAUGUAUUAUAUGGUUGCUUCCUGCUGCUGUACUUGUUAUGUGGUCAUUUGCUGCCUCUGUUUUCAACAUACAGCUCCUGCUGUCCCCUGUGAUUCCGUGAUGUAAAUGAGAGCUGGAUGGCACUACAUUACGCAAAGGCCAUGCUGCCACAAUAAUAAUAAAAAAAAAUCACUGUGAAAAUAUAUGCUAUGGCAGCCUGGCCCUAGGGCUGGUAAGGAUUUUGAUGGGCCAAAUUCCAAGUUGACAGGAAUUUGUAUACAAAAAUUAAGUGGCUGCUAUAUAAAGACACAGUUUAGCUGACUGUGCUGUGUAUAACUUAACUACUGCAUUUUGUGAAUAGUUUUAGACCCACAGGUAUAUAUAUAUAUUCCUGCCAGCUGAUGGCAACACCUCACGGAUCUAAUCAACUGGACUCAAGUCCACAAAAAGGAGUCACCUUUUUGGCUUCACCAGAAGGCACCCGUUUGUCAGCUUCUCCUACCUCUUCAGUACUCAUUGAUUUAAUUUAAGAGGCUUUUCGUUAUAACAUCUCUGUUUAACUAAGGUGGCCCACCAGUGUUAGGGAUCUGGGUGUGGAUCUUGCUUCAUUUUCCACCUGUUUACCUUUUCACUUAUCUUAUCUUUUAUCCUUUCAGCUUCCAUUUCAAUUGUUUUAUUCAGUGCUUUUUUUCUAAAAAAACGUUUAGGGGUACUCUCAUUUUGACUCAAGAAAAUAAUCAUUUUAUAGUUCAAAUCAGGAAAAAUAAAUGCAGUGAAUGGACAAAAGUACAAAUAACAUGCAUUACCUCAUAUUACACAGCUGACCAUCACAGUAACUUCCACAUUGGCAUGAGUUUGUGUGCACUAGCGUCUUCCCGAUUCCUCUGCUUGCUGUUGGUGUUCAUCGCCAGAUUUUGUCCUUUCAAAAACCAUGGAUUUACAUACACCAACUCCUACUUCACACAUUAAACCCUCGCUUCUGUCUGAGACUCAGGAAACACUGUGACAGGAAAUGAGGCCGCCAUUGGAGGUAGCAACGGAACUGACAAUUCACCGUGCUAGAGAAGAAACGAAUUUUUUAAAAAUCCUCUCUCGUUAGAUUCACAAAAUGUCUAGGGGUACAUGAAGAGCCAGUGUGGUGUAGUGGUUAAGAGCGGUGGUCUCGUAAUCUGGGGAACCGGGUUCGCAUCCCUGCUCCUCCACACGCAGCUGCUGGGUGACCUUGGGCCAGUCACACUUCUUUGAAGUCUCUCAGCCCCACUCACCUCACAGAGUGUCUGUUGCGGGGGAGGAAGGGAAAGGAGAAUGUUAGCCGCUUUGAGACUCCUGAAAGGGAGUGAAAGGCGGGAUAUCAAAUCCAAACUCUUCUUCUUCUGCUUCUACCCCUGCUUCCCCCCAGGAAAAAAGCACUGGUUUUAUUCAUUUUGUCAACUGUCCUGAGAAUAGAACUGAACAACUGUGGUGUUUAGACGUAGUUUAUGUCAUAAUUAUGCCAGUCUCUUGUUCUGUUUUGACAGGAAAAUAACAAAUGUUUAUUAAGUAUAAACAAAAGAAAGUAUAGAAUGAAGAUGGGCAAACUGCCACCUAACAAAACAUUAUCAGCAAUAUUCGUUCAGUGCAUUUGUUAGUCUUUUAAGUGGUAUAGGACUUUGUUGUUUUUGCUGAAACAGACUUGCGUGACUACUCGUUUGGAAGCUGACUUUUUGUUUGUGAAUCUCAUUGUUAGUGUGUUUCUCUGUGUGUUUGGGUUCGUAUCCUUUGGCUUCGUGCCAACUCAAGUAUGCUCCAGGGGGAAAAUCAUUCAUUUUCAUACAGGGGAAAUUUGGCAUGAAACCAGCAUUACCAUGAAUGGGCCUUGUCUGUCCAAAUCACAACAGAAGAGAUUUUAGUACUCAGCAUGAUGGUGGGUGUGGCAGAGAGUAACAACAGUAGCAACAAGAGGAUGAAAGCAAGGAUUGCCUCUCAAAAUGGCAGCUAGUCAAAGAGCUAUAGUCAAAGAGCUGGGAUCUGACACACAAAGAGCAGGGAAAACCCCUACCAAACAAGCACUGCAGUGCCUGUAAAACCAUAAUGUCUACCUGAGUUAAUUUAUCACUCAAGAAAAAGCCGGGUCAUAUGUUCUCAGUGUAAUAUGUAUUUAUUGGGUGUAGAGACAGCCGCAUCUUCAAAGUGGUUUUGAGGAAACCCUUUCAGAAAUGUUUGUAAUAUCUGUAAUUUGUGUGAAUAGGCCUACAGCAAAAAUAGCUCAAAGAACACACAACUAAAUUUAUGUACCAGGAUAAAUAUUUAUAUGUAAAUCUAAGUGUGAUUAUGUAAGAUGCAGAAAAGACCUCCAGUAGACAGAGAUGGAAGUUCUUGUGCAGCUUAAUUACAUAUGGUUUGGAUCUGAUAGCAUUUCUGAAGCCUUUGGCUCAUGUUGGGCAGCCCCCAGCUCUAAGUUUUGGAUUAAGGUGCUUUUUUUUUUUUUACAUGAGGAAUUCAUGUUAUAAUGGGUUGGAAAGAAAGUGAGAGAUGGUGACUGCUGGCCUUAUAUUUUGUAAGUUGACCUGUUUCUUGGGCCAGGACUUUUUGUGUGUGUGGCAGUAAAGAGCACCAAUACCCCCCCCCCCUUUUGCUGCCUAUUUUGUGCUGGCACCUAUGACACUUCUGUCAAUAUAUGACUACGAACACUUCAUUGUUGUUAUUAUUUUGAUUAAAAACAACCCCACACUGGCCCUGGCUUUGUCAUCUGCUGACCAAACAAUGGUGUCAGAUUGAAAGGAAAUCAACACAGGUGUGGGAUCCUGGGACAAUCAGGAUUCUCCUUUGCAUGGAAGAGCCUUACGCACAUACAUCUCAUUCAGACUGAUGCAAAAGCCGCAGCUAACAGACUGGUGGCUAUAACUAGAAGGUGCAAUCUCAUACUCCAUUUGCAUGUUUCUGAAGAUGUGAGAUGGGAGUUGUUGGCGUUGCCUGAACUUGAACAUUGUGUGUCCCAGCUGGUGAACCUGCUUAAUUAUUUUGACUGGGAUAAAUGUCAAGUUUCCUGUUCCAGUAGCCAAUGAUUCCUUAAUCUCAAAUGUGGAAAUCAUCAUCUGCAAUAGGUCUUUUUAUAAGAGAGUUGUUAUGGAAAGGUAUGAGGCUCAGGUGGAUGCAGCCAAUGCUUCGUGGAAGGUGACAGCUUAUCCUGCCACAACAAAUGUUAUGUCAUUCCAUCAUGAUCAACGUUUCGUAACGCAACAAAUAUUGUGCGAUUCCGUCAUGAUCAAUAUUUCGUACCUAAGCAAAGGCUUGUAUCGGAGUUGUGGGGUUCUGGGAAUGACAAUAAAUUCUGCAAAUGCAUACGUUCGGUGAAGUAUUCUGAUUUUUAUUAAAGCUCUAACACACUUGUUGCACUGUGACUCAUCCUGGUUUCUUGUGCUGCACCGGUUAACCUGUCAUGGUACUGUGAUCAGUGACUUAGAGAACCUCCUGGAUUUCCCAAAUAGGUUUUAACUGAAGUGGCUUUGGCAGCGUAUUCAUUUCCUGCGGGUGUUCAUUUCCUGCAGCACAAAGACCAACUAUGUAUCUGACAUGCAAGGGCAGUUCCUUGAGGCUGCAGUUAUAAUGGCAUUCUAAACACUCGCACUGAGCAAAUAAAUCUUUCUCUUUGCCUGAGAUGUAUGUGGCAUGCCAUCUAUUAAUGUGGGUUUCCUGCGUUUUGAUCUCCUCAGCAUGCAACAGCUCAGACAAAAGCAAAUCAUCUGAUCAUGUUUCAUACUAUUUCAUGCUUAUUUCCCUGGUUUCUGUUUUAUUUCUUCCAGUCCAGCCAUCCAUAGCAACCUAACCUCCAUAAACACAUCUUUGUGUACCUUGAUAAGACAGCAACUUUUUGGCUUACAAUCACAGGGCACAUUCUACAGUAGGUGCUCCUUCCCCCGCCUCCCAGAAUGGCGGCUCUGCAGGGUUCCUGGGAGAAUGCCAUGACUGACCAUUUCAGAUUCAUAGUGUAGAUAGUAAGUCCCUUGAAGGAUUAUCUAAGGACCGGUGUGCACAUGCAGCAGAAUAAGGUGGUGCGGCUCAGCUUUCUACUUGCAGAACUUAAAAAUAAAUAAAUCAGGAUUAGUCCGUUCCCAAAAUAUGAGGCCCAAGCUGCCAGCUGAACUGGUACAAUGGGAGGGGGGUGUCUACUGCUUUGGAAGGAACUUUGGUUUAGGAAAGUCACAAAAAGCUGCAUAAAAAACGAGAAAAACCGCUGAAAAGCCAGUGUAAAGAAGAGCAUCAGAGAGAACAAAACCCACCAUCCACUAAAAGCCUGGGCCAAGGUGGGGACAGGGAAGGAAUAUAGCCUGGCUUCUACAAAAUAAAGGUGAUACAGAAAUAUAUAUAUAUAUAUAUAUAUAUAUAUAUAUAUAUAUAUAUAUGUCUGGAAAGGAAUGUCCUAAUCAAGCCAUCACUAUGGUUGUUUGAGUAAUUUGAUCUUGGUGGUUUCUGAUUUGAACUUACCUGAUUUGCAGUUCCCACAGUAAUGUGCAGUCCAUUAUCCUUAUCAGAUUUUGCUCUUCUCCAGAUUUUGGUAUGCUGUUCUCAGCUUGUAAAAGUGCCAAAAUGCAUUUAGAAAUGCAUAUUUAGGGAUAAAAUACAGUAAAACAAAUAUUAUUUAAAUGCAAUUUGGGGGGAUUUAUUUUUUUUAAUUUGUAAUUUUAAUGUGGAAUUGAGAUUGAAUAGACUUAUGAAUGAACACAUGUGAAAGUAACAUGGACUAGUCUGUCCAUCCCUUGGCACUGCUAUAGGGAAGGUCCCUAUUCCUCAGCACAUUACCUACCAGUGAAGGCAGGUUCAAAAAGGUGAUAUUAAAUAAUGGACAUAUUUACAAUAUUAAUCCAAUAUUAGCAGAAGACACACAGCAAGAGACAAAGUCAAGAACCUGCGAGGCAGAAACUCCAGGACAUUUUGAGAGUCCAUCACAGCUAUCUUUUUUGGCAUGAAUGUGUAUGAACCUUGGAGCACUAUCUUGAGCUAAUCUCCUGUGGUUCCCCACCCCUAUACCCCUUUGUGUGUGGUUAACACAUUGACUAAGCUUCAGAAUGAAAGAUGAACCACUAGCUUUGUUACCAAGGUUUUGGCUCUCUGCCACCAGUCAAGGCUAGGCACAAUAACCUUCACUUCAAUUAAAUAAAAGUUAGAUGGAUAGUCAUUACCUUCUCAUUCUUCUCUCAUCACUGCCACCCUAACCACAGAAGCUCAAAAACUGGAAUUAUAAAAUUGCAGGGCUCGUGGUGAUUUGAAGGUCAUCCAAGUUAAGUGGUGUUGGGUGUGUGCUUUACACUGGUAUGACUCAAACAUGCAUGACAUCCUGUAGGCCCGUGUUCCUCAGACUGGCCACCUCCAGAUCACAAUUCUAAUUAUUCCUGACCAUGGGAAUUGCAGUCUGGUAGCAUCUGGAAGGCACCAGGCCGGGGAAGGUAGUUGCUGGCGAAGAUGAAAAAUCUCAAGGCCACCAGGUUAUCUUACUUAUGGUACUCAAGCAAUUGGGUAGAUGAGCAAGGUCAAACUGUGGCCCAUGAUAGAACUUGGAUGUUUAAGAAAAGUGAAGGGACCUAGAAUUGAAUGAGAGAUGUUUCUCGUGAAUUUGUGUUCUGCUGCAUUAGAGGUCAUAACUGAAGGGGAAAAUAGCAAGGAUCUGACUGGAGGAGGAAGGCAAAUAGGAGCCCCCACUUGAGGUGGGCAACAUGAUGAAGAAGGCAAUGGUAGGUCUAGGGAGGGAGAACUAGUGAGGAAACAGUCAUGUUGAGUAUUAUUAGAGAGGCAUGCCCCCAAAAUUGGCCCUAUGGAGGUUGGGAGGGCUCCCAGAACAGUGUGCAGUAGGUAGAGUGGUGGGGAGUCAUUCCACCUGGCAACCUGAAACGUUUGCACAGAUGGAACAACUGGAAGAGCACAGUGUUGAAUUCAACCUGGUGUUAUUCCUACAAUCAAGUCAAAUUAGCUUCCAAAAAAAGUUCACAAAAUACAGAAAACACGUUAGGAGUUAAAAUUACAGUAAAAAAAGUUAAAAGUACAAAAAUGUUUCAACUGUUAAAAAAUACCCUAGUUAGCUAAAAUGAGUCAUUGUGUCUCUGUAAGGAUUUUUAGCAAUCUCUUGUCAAUAGUAACAAUUGAUUAUCGGAUUGCAGCAAACACAUCCCUUGCUGUGUGCACACAGCAGGAUAUCUUCAUAAAAGACCAUUGCACACCGGCCCACCCAUGAGGCAAGUUGAGGCAGCGGGAUCCACAGGGGCAGCAGACCCCGAUGUACAUCUUUAUUCACCUGAUGACUAUCUUCCCUCACCCCUUUCCCCUGGUGGAGAGUGGGGUGCCAUUUUGUGGUUUGCCUCAGGUGCCUAAAUGUCUUCGACCGGCCCUGCUCUUUCAUAUGAGUUGAUUUUCACAUUCAUUCCUGUAUGGAAAGCUAUGAAUCACAUCAUUGCAUUUUUUAAAUAUAUUGAAUAGUAAAUUGUGUGUGCUGUCAGGGCAAUGCCCUCGGUGUUCCAGAGUUUUUACCAUGGCUCUGGACCCUACGGUUCUUUUAGCGUGCUACUUCCACCCUUAACAAACAAGCAGAAGCCAUGCCUUGCAUGUCUUUGUGUUGAUUUUCUCCUGCCUGUAAAUACCAAUCCUCUGUGCUUCUCCCUCCCCCCACAAAGAAACAUGAAUACUGUUUUUGUUGCCUUUUGUAGCUUGAUUUCUGUAACUGGAUCUUGCUCUCUGGAGUCUCUAUUAUGCCUGCUGCUAAACUGCUCCUUUGAUGGGAGAGGCUUCUAGUUACCAAAUUCCCCAAAACCUUCACUGAGAUGUGAACAUCUAUAUAUAUAUAGGCCUCCCAACUUUAUUUUGGAAGGCAGGCUGUUAAAGAUGUUACACUGGCUCUGCCUUCUGCCGCUGCAACAUUUCUCUACAUCCAUGGAAAGUUACCAAAUACUCUCGUGCUAACAGACAACAGAGAGAUGCAGGUAGCUGAGCAAAAGAGGGAGCAGGUAUAGAGUCCAGCAACAGCAGGCAACAGAAACCUAUUGGUUUUGAGAUGAAAACCAUAUAUGUAAGUAGCAGUAAUGUUGAGAACGUAUUUAAAAAAAAUGCUUUGUGGCAGCAAAGGUUGGCACUGCUGUCGAAAGAAGAUACAGGGGGAAAGAAGCUUCUCAGUCCAAUAAGUUUGGAUAGAUGAUUAUAAGCCACCAAGUUAGACGGGGGUGCACGGAAGAGGAAUGUUUUCAUAUUUCCAAAGCCGACUCUGAGAAUUCAUGUCAGAGGCAGUAUAAUGAAAUCAGAUUAGCCUACUCUCUUGCCUUGCCUUUUUAAUGCGAUGAGGAGAUAAACAAGCAUGGAGUACUCAUCCUGAGUGAAUCAGAGAGGGUCCUCUACUACCUCUUGAUUGUUAACAGGUGGCAUUGGGCAGGUAAGAUCCUUGGAGGGAAUUGCUUUCAGUUUAAGUGCUUCUAACACGAACCUCUCAGCACAAGCUUUCCAUUUCUAAAAUUCCAUCGCCCUCCUUAACUCAGUUUCUUCAUGCUCCGCUCCAUCACUAGGUCAUGCAUCAGUGUGCUCUGUGUGAAAACGACUUCACUGCCAGCCACCUGCCAUAUAAACCUGUGCCUAUGUUUGCAAAUGAUCUCUCUCACCUUUUGGAAGUGCAUCUUUUACUUGAUGAAUAAUUCAUACAUAUUUGAAAUGCAACAUUCAGCUCCUUUGCAGAUGUUCUGAGCCUGAAUUGUAGAACUGUUUUGAGUUUCAAAGGCAGGUUUGUCUCGAAACUAGCUACACGGUUUUACUCAAAACGUUAACAUUCUUUACCUCUCACUGUCUACCAGCUCUUCAUAUAUGUUUGCAGAAUUUUGAGCUACAUGACAGCCCCGGAUAUAGGCUGCUGAGCCUGGCUUGAUGACCUGUCCUCUUUAUCUCUUUAUCUCUUAAUCUCUUUUAUUAUAAAUCCAUUUAGUAACUGCCUUUUCAUUUUGACGACUUUUAGCAUUUGCUGAAAACAACUGUUUUAAUACCAUAUACUUUUUGCAUGCAUUGGUUAACUAUUUGGUAGAACUGAAAGCAUUUAGGAAUUGAUAAAUAUGUAUCAGCCAGACAAUAAAAGGGCUCAUUUGAAGAAGAAACUAAUGUCAAUUAUGAUAUAAUUUCACUCCAUUCCAUUUAUAGUUUUCUACCCCCAACCUUCACCACUACAUUGCCAGUGAGAAAGCUCAGCCUCAUUGAGCUAUUUUUAGGGGAUUGCGGCAUAGGAUUUUGUUCCUAAAGUUUUAAUGUGAGAUUCUGCAAACCCUUGGGUUACCCUAAGCGUGCUGACACCCUGGUCUUCUUUCUCAGUGGUCUCAUUUUGACUGCAAUCCUGCUUGGCACGUCUCAGAUGUGCACCAUUGCCAUUAUAAGAGAACAAAGGAGGCGUUCAUGGUGAGUUCCGCCACCUCUUUUUCUAGAAAAAUAGAGCUGGGUGUGGGUAUUAAGUGGCACCUGUAAAAGUUCAAAUUCUGCCUAUCAAAGGUGGUCAAGUGGACACAUCUAAUGGGGUAAGGCGAUCUCAUAGGCAUGUUGGCCCCAAGUUGUUAAUGGCUUUAUCUACUAAUAGCAACACCUUGAACUCAGCCCAGUUGCAAAUUGACAGCCAGUUCAGACCUCUGAGUGCAUUGCAUGGGGUUGCAGUGUGAGUUUGCUGUUUGGAAUGCAUGGUUCUCUUAGGCUAGGUGGCACUGGCAGCAUUCAACAGGCGCCGCUAGACAAAUAUGGUUUUGAGUUCUUGGAAUUUUCAUAAACUUGCAGGCAGAUGACUGGUUCACAGUUCUCUCUGCUUCUGCCUCUUGCUGUCGUUGUUUCCGGGGGGAUUGUAGAAGAAUGGGGGUUAAGCACUGUGUGCGUGGCAAGUUUGUGCCACAUUUGAGAUGAAAGAGGGAUGACAGAAAGCAGCAAACCUGGAUAUAAUUUAAAUAUAAAUGAGUGUUUGUUCUGCCUUAGUGUUUAGAGGCACAAUUAUGUCAACAAAUAGUGCUGGGUGGUGUGUCAUUUUGGGAAACCUGCACAGCUGCAACCCUCUGCAAUGUCUAUAAUUUGACAUAAUUAAGCCAGCCUCAGCUUAAUUAGUUCAGUGUCCCUGGUAUUAUAAAUAUUGCAUUAUUAUUAUUAUUCCCCCCACCCAAGGCAAUUUCUUUUCUAACUUGGAAACUUUCUCUCCCUGCUCCUGCCCUCAACAGUUUUUCUAAUGCUAGCAGAGAGACUUAGAAAUGAUUGGAGAACAGUGCUGCAGUCACUGUGCCUCUGGAUGGCUGCCACCGUGAGUGAACAAAGCCCAGGAUUUCUCAGGGAAUGCAGGCACUGAUACCUUUAUCAUUUCUGUUGGACCUAUUAACACUAGAAUGCAGGCGUCUCGUUUUCUGUCAGGUGUGCACAAAGACCGUUUGUUGUUGGAGGGGCUGAGCUAGAAACUUGGCCUGGCUUUGCUAACUUCCAGGGACCAGAAGAAGAAAUCUGCCAUCUCAUUAUGGUUGACCCAGUUCCUACCUUUCCUUGUAAUAAUGUUACAGUAGUGUUUAGAGAUUUUAUGCAAACAUACUCUUAAAGCGCUGUCAAGAGAACUCUGGGUUAAGUGGUGACAGGUGCUAUUGCAUGUAUGGGUUGCUGGCAUGUCCCCUUCCCCCUUCCCCCUUCCUCCGUUCCAUUCCCUUAUUCAGCAUGAGCCCAUUAAUGCAGCAUUUUCAAAUAAACUGUUUAUAUAUAUGAGAGAGAGGGAGAGAGGAGAGAUUCUAUUGACUUUUUAGGCUUCUAUCCUGCUCCAGGGAACCAAAUGAACGUGACAUGGGCUGCCAGAGACAUGUAGAACAGCUGAUCUGGGUGAACCCUGAUGUUGGUGACCAGAUCCCAUAGCCUCCAACAUUUCUCCAAUGAAAACAGAGACACUCUAUUCAACAACAACAACAACAACAACAACAAUUUUUAUUUAUACCCCACCCAUCUGACUGGUUGUCCCAGCUACUCUGGGCAGCUUCCAACAUGUAUAGAAACAUAAUAAAACAUUAAAUGUUAAACAAAUCACAUAAUGCCAAUAGGAACAUCCCACCAUACCCUCCAACAUUUCCCCAAUGAAAUAGGGACGUCCUAAGGAAAAGCGGGGCAUUCUGGGAUCAAAUCAGAAACCAGGACAGCUUCUAUAAAUCUGAGACUGUCCCUGGAAAAUAGGGACACUUGGAGGGUCUGAGAUGCUCAGUCCCAGAGUGCAUUCCUCUCUUUGCUGAACAUCAGCCAUGACAGAGAUAGAAAUUCUGCAGGUAAUAGCCCAAUACUGAAUUCACCUCUAAUACUGCAAGCCAACUGGCUGACUGCUGAACAUUUGACCGAGAGUCUGCUGUGUGGAACACAGACCCAAGGAAAGCAGCUAUUAAGGCAUUCUGGAAGUCUGGAAAUACAACAUAAGAAACCUGGAAAUUAAGGGGAAAUCGAAGAUUCAUGGGACCUAAGCAGCCAUUAGUCCCCAGUUGAAAAUAAAGCAGUGGCCAAUGUGUGAGAGUGGCAGGGUAUAUACUUUAUUCACCCUGGGAUUCUUUGAAGGCUGUAUUAAAGUGUAUCACUGGUCUGGCACAUAGCAAGUUCACUUUAUGAUGAAUUGGGAAAGGUACAAGAAAGGAUAAUUGUGCCGGAGUGCUGUCAUGUGGAGAAAGAAAGAGUUGGGCCUCUUGGGGAAUUGUAGAAUAAUGAGGAAUUGUGCCCCAGUCGUACAACAUGGCCAUUGCUGCUUGGCUGUUUCCUAGCAGGGGUGGAAUUUGUCAAGAUAGCAAAGCCCUCGAAACUUGUGUUCAGCAUUUUUCAGAGCAAAGUACUACACUCUUAAGUGGACCAUCCUGCCAGCAGGCAUGCUUUUGUCAAUAAAGAUAGGACUAAAAACACACACUGUUGAGUUUUCUAUUAUCUAGCAAACCCUGAAACACCACGUGGACCUUUUUUUUAUUAUUAUUAAAUGCUCCCUGUUAGGCAAACCUUUCAGAACAGUGUUUCAAGAGGAUGUUUCAGAAGGAGCACAUGGAAAUAUGGGACAGUUAAUUAAAAUAAGAAGGAUCACUCUUGCAUAUAACAUUAAAGAAAUUAAGGCAUUGGGCAAACUUCCAACUAAUUAUUUAUUACUGGAGAUGCUGAUCUUUUUUGGGGGGGCAUAGGAAGAGUAUAGCUAUUAUGUUCAUGUUCUGAUUCAGUGGACAUCAUCACCAUCUGUGUUCAGGAAACUAAAGACAAGGGUAAGCUAGAAACUGGGUUAUAGCAGCAGUCCUUCAAAUUAAACUAAUAACAAGGCAUGGUACCUGUUUGGUCACUCCUAAGGAUCAUUUACUCAAAGGUCUACAAGACUUUUCUUAAAAGCCUGAUAUAUAUUCAGUGCAUCCUUUCACUUCCCAAUCCCUGUAUACAGGGCUGGUUUGCACAUCAUGGUGUGCCGUGAUUUAUAGCUUCCUGUAAAAAAAAAAAAAAAAAGCAGUGUGCUAGUGCUGCUCUGCUCUGCUAGGAGCUGCUCUGCUAUGCUAGCCUUGGCUUAGCAUUGAGUGUGAGAACCAGGGCUCAGUAUAUGUUUCUCUCCAAUAUUCCAAUAAAUGGAAGCCAAGGUUUGUUCUUGGCUUGCCGCUUGUUAGUUUGAGAGAAGCAAGCCGUGAGCACUGGUUCACAUGUAAUGCUAAGCCAGAUAAGGACUCAUUUUUCAUCCUGGAAGAUAAUUGUGUGUGGAAAUGAGCAAAGGGCAACAUAAUUAAUUUUUACUUUGCUUAGGUAUAUUGAUUAGUUUGGUUAACCAAUCUACUGAGCAGACUCUUGUACAUAAAUCAGAGUGGCUCUAGGUAUCUAAAUGAAGUCAUUAACAUUUUUAAAAAGGCACCUCUCCCACAUACACUCCACAGUAGAACCAGAUUUUUCCCAUAAUUUUUUUUAUUAAAGCUUUUCUAUGAUACAAAGUAAAAAGAAAGAAAGGACUUAUGAUUCUUCAUCUGUCAGUUACAUAAAAAUAAUUAUUCAAACAUUCGUUCCACGGUAACAUCCAACUAUUCCACUUUUCCUAAUCCAGUGUUGUCCCAAUCUUUAAACCCAAAUAUUGUGUGUUCAUCUUCCUUUUCACACAAAAAAUUCCAAAAGGGGCUCCUAAUUAAUGAUACUGAUAAAUGUCAACAAUAGUUUUCAUGGUAGAACCAGACUGAUGUAUGGGUCACGUAAGGCCUUGUUCUGUAUACACACAGCAGGCAUGGGAGCAUUACACUAUUGUGCAGUGAACCCAGGGACUACACAUGUUAAGUACCUAAGCAAGCAAUUUCUGUGUGAUCUGCACCCCUUUUCUAUAAUUGAUGGAUCACACAAAUGGGACCUACUCAUCUAGGCAUUUAAACAUCUCAUGUGCCUUAAACUCUUCAAAGAGCAAGGAAGUUUGCAAUCCUAAACACACCCAGUGCAGUGGAACGUCUGAGUAGAAAACACAAAGCCAAAGAGAUGCUGCAGUACACAUGAGGAGAGGCAUAAUGUGCACAGGAGCCAAGUAUGUAUCAGUCUUUAUGCCUUGUAAUGCUAUAUGACAGUUGCGGGCAUAGGCAAACUCUGGCCCUCCAAAUGUUUGGGACUACAAUUCCCAUCAUCCUUAGCUAACAGGACCAGUGGGUAGGGAUGAUGGGAAUUGUAGUCUCAAACAUCUGGAGGGCCAGAGUUUGCCUAUGCCUGGUUUAAGGGGGGCAGAAGCCCCCAUGUCUCUUCUCUAAGUUUUCUUUGGCAUGGUUCUGAAGAUAGUUUACAAACUGCUUGUCUCAAUGGAAUGAAUGGCGGUUGUUCAGCAGCACUCUCUUGUGCAGCAGCAGUUUGCACUUCUGGUUUCUCCUGUGGUGCUUUCUAAUCACACCAGGAAAGUUGCUGCUGUAGCAUUCUCUUGUCUCUUCCAAGUGGCCCAUCACUGGUACAGAAGGAAUGCCUCCUAGACAUUCUUCUCCCUCUCUCUUAUCAAAGGGAGAUAUGGGAUGAAGACUGCAGGGUGAUUAAGGUGCCUCCGAGUGUGGGAGGGAUAGUGUGGAAGUAUAGCAAACAGUUCCCAAAAUUCUUGUCCUUAUCAUUAUUUUGGCUAUGUGGCUAUGUGUCAAAAGUUAUCUGUUACUUGACUAUCUUAAUAUGCUUCUCACUAAACCAAGGCUGUUAAUCUACAUGGAUUAUUUUUACCCCUUCCUGUCUUCAGUAAAACUACAGCGAAUUCAGUUUUCUACUCUUAUAAAACUUUCUUUGACAAGUGGAAGCAAUUUCCACUAAGGCUUAGACACUAUUAGAUGCAGCUACUAGAGAGAAUUUGCACUGAACACAACAGAGCAUUGUGCAAGCCAGGAUGGCAGCUUUUCCAGCAGUGAAACUGAAAAUCAUGUGAAGAUGUGCCUUUGUAUAGUCAGCUAGUUUCUACAUACACUUACAUCUGGACAAAUAAGAGGCAUUAUCAGAGUUCAGCGACACAUUCCAACCAACCAAAAAUACUUGAGGAGUACAAAGCAGGGCUAUUGAGGGCUGUAGCUUAUGGAGAAGGAAGUGGCUUAAGUAGCCUGAGGGCCUGACAGGCAGUGUGCAAAUCCACAUUUUGCUCUGGAGUGGGCAAGCCAUUAGUUAUAUUUUGUGACCAACCCAUCAGGUAUUUUCUACAUUAUUCUCUGAAGUCACAUGAUCAAGUAUUUCCAUAAAAUUCUAAACCUUGAGCUGUGUGCAGCCAAUCUAGUGCACACAUUGGACUCCUCAUGUUAAUUCUGUGCUCCCUAUGGUACCCACUGUUGCUAAUCCUAUGAGGGAUAUUUGAACUAAUUUCUACCAUGAGCUAAGAGGAGUAAUAAAUGGAAAUUCAAACAAUGUCUAUCUAACUCAGCUUGACAAAUUUACCUUUGCUUUGUUUUCAAUAGAUAGCAUUUGGCAGGUGGUAAAUCUUCUGUACUAUGUGCAAAGUUAAACAAGAAACGCUGGUUGAAACUGAAAUGGCCGGAUUGCAGACCUUUGAGUAUUGACAGGGAGGGCUGACGGGGUGAAUUAAACAUCCAGGAAGCAUUGUGAUAUUAGCUAACCUGAGGCAACAAAGAAAAUAAAAUAUGGAUGAAUAUUCUAUGUUGAACUUAAUGAACUUAACUUAUUGUCAAACUAGUAGUUAUCUCAUUUCCUGGUUUGGAAAAUCACCCUUUUGCUCAUCAUGAUUUAACAACUCGAAAUAAAUCUUGCUACUGUGGUCUUCCAGAAUGUUCCACUUUUGGCAUCUUUGGUGCCCUGGAGCUGUAUGUUGCAAGCCAAGGGCUGGAAUCUUUGCUUACUAAUGGGAGAGCUACUUGUGAAUAAGGUGGGAAUACAUUUUAUCACUUUUCUUUCCCAGAAAGACCUUGUGGGGUCAGUCCCGUGGCAUGCCUUUCUCAGCUACUUUGUGCUGACAUGCUUCCACUGUGGCAUGCGGUUGGCUUCUCAAGUAGCUUCUGCUUAGCCUUGAAAUGGUGAAAGAAGGCAUUAGAAGGAGUAUAUGCUGCAAACGGUUUUAUGCCUGUCUGUAAAAUACAUAUUGUGCAUAUUAGGGCUAGAGUUAAAACUCAAUUAAAAUCUGUGGAGCGCUGGAGCUGACUGCCUAGCCUGCCACCAUCUUUUUUUUUUUUUUUUAAAUCAUAUUUAUUAAAGUUUCCAAAAAUAUAAAAGUACAAAGAAAAAAGACAAAAGAAAGAAGAUAUUUAAAAACCCUACGUUCAUUCCCUACUUUCUGGAACUCCCCCCCCCCCAAUUGUAUUCCCCUUUCCUUAAUUUGGUUCUACAAGCUCUCACUCCCAAAUUUAAAGCUUAAUUUGUUUAACCCACUAUCCAAAUUGAAUUGUACAAAUCUUACCACCGUCCCACAUCAUUAUCAGAAAAAGAAAAAGAUUUUCCCAAGAUCCACCCCAGUUCCUUCCACAAAUUCCCUUUUUUUAAACACGUCCGAUCAAAGUAAAAUAACAUGCGUAAGUUAUGUAAAGAAAUAGAAAAUAAGAGAUAUAGAAAAAUUCAAAAAAUGGUUACACAGCCUUUGGAUUUCAAAUCUCCCCCCCCCCUUCCCCGGUUUGAAUUCCCCAUGUCCAUCAGUCUAUACAUUAUCAGCUUGGAAGUCUCAUUUCGUGACCAGAUUUCUCCCCGAUUCCAUCUUGCCGGUUUUCUUUUAGUUUAUUACUUUAAAUAAUAUUUGACUUCAAAUGUCCAAUCUAACAAAGGCCUUUAAUUUCCUUGAUCUUUACCACUCCUCCCGUUGUUCUUUCCGUGUCGUAAUCAGUCCUUUAUUCUUCUUAUUCCUCACUUUCUCAGGUUUCUUGUCCUGUUCAGCUGCUAAAACUUUCUAAUUCAAAAAUCUAGUGUCUCUGCAGAGGUUUGUUAUUCAGGAACAAAAACUUACGUCCAGUCCCUUUCUUUCUUCAAUAAAAAAUUCCAUUGUCUUCCUCUGUAGACAAAAUACUCUUUCAGUUUUGCAGCUUUCCCAGAAGAUAACAAAUCCUGUGCGAAUCCCAGGGUAUUUUUCCACUUACGACCGUUCUUGUAGUAUCCUGAAACCCCUCUAGGGGAUUGUAAUAACUUUGUAUCCUCUAAUCCAAAAGUCAAAUUGUUGCUUAUUUUCCAACAGUUUAUAUCCAUAUUAUAGCAAAUUGUAGCAAAAUUAACCAGCAAGGUCCUCAUAAAGUCCUCUUUAUAUUCUCCAGCUUUGACAGCCACUUUGACAGCUGUCAAAGUCUCCGUCUCUCUUCACCAGGCUCCACGAAUCGCCCGGUUCCCAGGGGGGGGGGUUGCAUUUUUCUUCUCACCCUCCACUCUUCUCCUCCAGCACAUUUCUUAUAAUUUCCCAUCGUGAAAUUAAUGAUUUUUAUCAGAGACAUACUUCCCUUUGGACCUUGGUUACCCAGUCCUUGUUUUGGAAUGCUUACAAUAGGGGGAUUGACUUCCUUUUAAAUCGCCCCGCUCGUGCCAAAUCCAAAAUUUUGAACCCGGUUUCCCAAUUACUCACGGGUUGUUGUUAAUAGUCCAAAUUUUCAAUAGAAGAAGUCAGCGCUCUCCGUCGAAUGGCAUGCGGCUGCGCUCGGCUUGCACCAUUAGCACCACGCCACUCCCCGGCACCCGAUCCGAAGCCUUUAAAAAGGCUCCUUCACGAGUCGGGAGGGCGCUAAUGGUGCAAGCCGAGUCACCCAUGUCCACGGACUCCGUGCCCGUGGUUUUUAAGGGUCCCCGCGUCGCCGGCGCGGUAGGACCCAGCCCCUGCCGAGCAGACUCCCUCCGGAGCUCGGAGGGAGUCCGCCAUUCGGCGAUGGCGCUAACCCGGAAGUCCAGCCUGCCACCAUCUUGACCGGAAGCUACCACUGAUUGCAAAAACUUGGGUCAGUCAUGCCAAGAGGAACUAUGAAGAUAUGCCUUCCUGACUGCAAAGGCUAUUCCCCUCUCCUCCAUUACAAGAAGUGCUUAUACACAAUACACGAACACAUAUGGAAGACUCUGGAAUCUAGACAUUGGGUAGUAAGAAAAAAGGGGGUCCAGGUGUGGAUAAGUGUUUGAACUGAGGUGGGGGAGGGAUCUUAGAUUCUAAACAAUUGCCUCUGACAGUAAAGGGAGGUAGAAUGCUGGCAUACACACAUACUAAAGCUUAUUUUUCUCAGUAGAAGACAUCUCAUGAAUUCUGUGUGACAGGUAUAAUGAGGUGAAUCCCUGAAAUUCUAUCAGUCUCCUUACCCCGGUACUUAAGAUCUAUAUUUUUAUGAUCCACCUCCAGUCUUGCAACUGUACUUUCUGUUAAACUUUUUAAAACAGUGCACUUUUAAAUUUUUUAAUCCACUCUUGGAUCUUAUGGUGAAGGGCAGCUAACUAAUUCAUUAAACAAUAGCAGCAAAUUUCAAUAAAUUUUCCAUUUUAGUCAAAGUUUUCCAAGAGGAUACAACUACUUAACAGCGGAAAUAUAUUUCUUUAACAACUUUGGGUAGUUGGUUACAUUGAAACCAAUGCUUGACACUCUUCAAGUAGCGUUUAAUAUGUGAACAGUCCUCCCAAUCUUCCAAGCCGCUUUUGUUACCAAAAAUGUCUUGCAGACCUGCACAGUUUGGGUCAUAAAAACUUGCAUACUCAGCUACUAUCUGACUUCAUUGCCUAUCCUGUCAGGUCUCGGUUUUCAAGUACAUGUUACAAAAGCAGUAGAACAGCAGUAAACCAAGCUUAGUAUUUCUCUUGCAUUUGCAUUGUCACCAUCACAUUAGUGUUCCUGCCACUGGCUAUUAAUUGUUGAGUUUGUUUUGAGAGUACGUACUGUUAUCUGCACGGCUUUAUUAUGCUCCUAGCUUUAUGCUUAUCUCUUGUUAUCUUUUGUGCAGUGGCUAAAGCAAGCAAACACCUCUGCUCUUAAGAAGCAAAAUUGCAAGCCCUUCUUGCAAAAUCAUUACAAAGCAGUGCUGUAUUCUUCACCUGAACCGACAUAAUUUAGGGCAUUUAACCUCUGACCUGAUACUGUGAUAACCAUACUCUGGGGGAGUGAGCAACCUAUCCUUUUAUGGUUGCCCGUAGAGAAAAGUGAGUUACAGAACUCACUUGGAAUGUGCUUUAGGCAUAAAUAAUACCUGCCCGGGUAAUCCUAGAUGAACGUACAGGAUUGGCGCAGAUGCAGAAUAAGUGUAGCCAGUAUUGUCUCCAUAAUAUCGGUGUACUGGAAGAAGCACCAGUACUGAAGCAAUGAUUCUUCAACAUCAGCUUCAUUGGACUGGUCAUGUUGUGCGGAUGCCUGAUGAUCAUCUUCCAAAGCAACUACUCUAUUCCAAACUUAAAAAUGGAAAGCGUAAUGCCAGUGGUCAACAAAAGAGGCUUAAAGAAUGUCUCAAGGCAAAUCUAAAAAAAAUGUAGUAUAACACUGACAACUGGGAAACACUGGCCUGCGAGCGCUCCAGUUGGAGAACAGCCUUUACCAAAGGUGUCAUGGACUUUGAAGACACUCAAACUCAGGACACAAGGGAGAAACGUGCUAAGAGGAAGGCACACUUGGCAAAUCCACACCAUGAUCAACUCCUGCCUGGAAAACAAUGUCCCCACUGUGGAAGGACAUGUGGAUCUAGAAUUGGCCUCCACAGUCACUUAUGGACUCAUUGUUAAAACCGUGUUUAUGGAAGACAAUCUUACUCGGCUAAGAGUGAUCACCAAAGAAGAAGGAGAAGAAGAAGAAGAAGAAUUGUUUCCAUUGGCUGGCAGUGGUUCUCCAGGGUUUCAGGCAGGGAGAUGACACAGCAAGCAUGAGGCCUGAAAUGCUUUUGCUUUUGCUUUUGCUUUUGCUUUUGCUUUACAUUUACAAGCUAAAACUGGAAAUCUCAACUAAGAGUUCAUGGGUGCACCUUAAGGAUUUAACAGAUUGAAUGUGGCAUAGGUUUUCUUUGUUUUGUUUUUCUACAUUGGAUGAAGUGGAGUAUUAUAAAAAGAUAACAUUGUACUGGGUAUAAACUUUUGUAUAUCUUUGAAUAAGUAACAAGGAAAAUAGAUACAGUGGUACCUCGGUUCUCAAAUGCCUUGGCACUAUAAACAACCUGGAGCCCAAACAUUGCAAAUCCGGAAGUAAGUGUUCCAGUUUGCGAACUUUUUUCGGAAGCUGAACAUCCUCCGUUUUGAGUGUUACGCUUCCGUUUUGAGUGCCACACUUCUGUUUUGAGUGUUACACUGAGGUCUGUCUGAUUUUGCUAUUUAUUUUGUGUUUUUGUGGCUCUUUUUGUUUUGCUUUUGUGACUGUGGAAUGCAGUUCACCUACUGAUUGAUUGUGUGACUGCAGUACAUUGUUUAUUGAUUUCAUUUUAUGGAUUAAUAGUAUCCUUAGGUAGUAAAAUUCAUGUUAAAUUGCUGUUUUAGAUGUUGUUUUUAAAAGUCUGGAACGGAUUAAUUCAUUUUGCAUUACUUUCUGUUGGAAAGCACGCCUUGGUUUUGGAAUGCUUUGGUUUUGGAACGGACUUCCAGAAUGAAUUAAGUUCGAGAGCCAAGAUACCACUGUACUUUACCAGAGGAAGUGAAGUCUAGUCCAUAAAAGCAUAUGCCACACUAAAUUUGUUAUUAUUUAAGGUGGCACAAGACUCUUCGUUGCUUUUGCUACCAGAGAUUAGCAUAGCUAAGCCUCUGGAAAGCUUCCAGGUUCAAUUUCCACCCUGGUUUCUGUUAUUCCCAAAAUGACAUACUCUUGGGUAGCUAAGUGGUUAAACUCAGUGUCCCCAUUGCAUCUUGACCAAUGAUACAAACAGAACAUUUCUCCAUAAUCAGACCUUUGGCUGAUUAACAUUCUAUGGCCUUUAAAAUGUUUUUGUGGGAGGGGAGUUAUUAGUUUGUUUUUGUGUUAUGUAUUUUGUGUUCUCAUUUUGUAUUUUUGCACGUUGUGAACUGCCUUGUGCUCUUUGGAUGAAGUGUGGUAUGCAAAUUAAAUAAAUAAUCUAGUUGCAACUAACUCAAGUCCUAUGGUUCUCAAUGGGACUAACCUUGGCUAGACUGAAGCCAAUAAGACUUGUCUGACAGCAUCACAGUGUAAAUAGACCAUAAGGGCACAGUCAUUAUGCAGAACAUCAGCUGGAUAUUCUUCCUUAGCACAAUGGAAUAUAUGUUGGUAGCAUUAACGCUGCAGAGUGCAGAGUACCUGGGAGCCAGGAGAUUGCUUUAUGUGUGUGGCCACUGAUUUGUUAGGACAAGCUUUGCUAACUGCAUACUUGAGAGCAAUUUUAAUAUGUAAAGAAAAGAGAUUUCCUCUCCCCCUCCACCCACAGCGCUAUGAGCAAACAAGUACAAAUGAAAGAACAAGGAGCCACGUUUUCUGAGAUGGUACUGCUAGUGGUGGUCUUUCCUCAACCUUAAAACUAUGGAACAUCAAAGAGGCAUCCAGCAGCAGUGUCUAAAUUGCAGGAAAUUAUACAUGCCUAAUAACCAAGAAUUAAAUGCUCAGCCUGCUUUAAGUGCUAGUAAUUUUACUCUGCUCUUUUUGUGCAAGCCAGCAGGGGUUUAGUAUAUGACAGGGGCUUGUACAAUCGUUUUAGUCUUCUAACAGUUGCCCAUGUUGGGUGUGUGUGUGUUUGAAACAAUAGGAUCACACCCCUCCCAGAGUCUGGCACUUUUCUGUCUCCUUGAUUUUACUGGAAGGGUAAAGCAUGCGCAUAAAUUUCUCUCUCUUCAAUAAAAGGUGCCAAAUUGUGACUGGGGUUUACAUGGACAUAAAAAACAAACAAAACUUGCUCUAUGCCUGUAUUCUGUCCUUGACAAAUGCUUAUGAAUCUUGAAUUUUCACUCUUGCCACAGUAGUUUCUGUGACUCAAUAUAAGCCCUGAACUAGAUUAGAAUGUUGCUUUUUAUUGGUGGCAUUUGAACGCCAUGAUUCAGUUCAUGAUCAAUAUGUGCACAUCAAGAAAAGAAGAAUGACGUCCUGAUUUCCAAAGGCUAUUGUGAACAUUUUGGUCCGCAAUAAACUUGCUGGCUGCUGUUUUCUUUUCUUUUUCUCUCUUUUUGCUUUUUGGUUGCCAAUUGACAAUUGCCUGCCACCACCUGGUGUGUAAAUCAGGGGCACAGAAUUCAUCAGGUUACACAGAGAUCAAAGGGAUCUAUUGAUUUAUGGGCAUAAUGUAGAUUUCCCUUUGUAUAUCCAUAUGGUAGUUUCAUAGCAAAGGAAUUCUUACUGAUUUAAUCUCUUUUGGGGGUUUGGAUUUGGGGCUUUUAUGACUUUCUUUCUAACAUAUUUUUCAAAGCAGUAGUAAUUAAGAUGGUUUGUCAGUAGCUCCAUUAUAUACCCCUCCCAGUUUUCAAGAGUGAAAGCUAUAACUCACCUGUAAAAAUUUGCCUCAGGCUGACAGUUGGCAGAAAAGAUUUUAGGAGCACAGGAGAAUUUUGUGAAUGAUUAUAUACACUCUUUCAACACAGCUGCUGUGCAGCUCUGUUGUGUCAUCUUUUGUAUAAAGCACACCCCAAUUUUACCAGAUGUGCAGCUUUGGGAGUCUUUACUCACGGUUGCAGACUGGGGUUUAAAUUAGUAAAAGGAUAGACCGGGCCUGGCUGGACCAAGACAUUUUGGCACCUGAGGCUAACCACAAAAUGGCACCUCUCUUUCCCUCCGGGGAAGAAGGAGUGAGGAUCUGCAUCAGGAACAAGGGGGUGGGAAAAUAAAGAGUUGCAUUAGGAUUUGCUGCUUCUGUAGAUCCUGCCACCUGUGGCAUUUGCCUGACCUUGCCUCAUGGGUGGGCCAGCCCUGGCAUAGACUUUAGAACAAACUAGCAAAACUAGAGACAAAACGCUAUUUGUAGAGUCUCAUUAUCUUAGCACAAAUCCAUGUAUGUUAUACUUCUGUCCUGCUGUUCAGUGGGAUUAAAUGUGCAUAAAUUUGCAGCCUUAAAAACAUGUUAAGCAUUCUUAGAUGGUAUUCAGCUAACAUCUCAUGCUAGUGCAAGCGGAUUCCCCCCCUCACCUCCCCUUUGUGUGGCUUUGCACCAUCCCCACAUCUGGAGAGUUGUGGGGGGAACCCAGAAGAAUGGAUGGGGGAGGAGGGAGAACAGUCUGAUUUGCAAAAAGAAAUCUUUGCGAUGGUGGAAUGCUAACCUUAGCUUCAGUGCCCCUGUUUUUAAAAAGUAUGCUUUAAAAAGGCCACAUCGCACUUAUGAGAGGAGCUGACUCAUUUAAUGAGAUAAUUCUUAUUUUACAUUUUGCGUUCAACACACAGUCUCAUGCCAUGUCAGAUGUGAUGUAUAAUAUGUGCAAAAAAUAAAAUAAACCUGCACAGUCUUCUUAUCUGACGCGGCACAAUUUUGUACUCUGAAGCAAAUCUGGACUUGUUGAAGUGUAAUAUAAACAUCUGGGUAAUUGGCAGCUAAUAUUGAAGUAUUGUCUCAAAUCAACAUCAUAGUGCUGAAGUAGUUUCAUGGGAUGCCUCAAAGCCCCAAGGAAUUUAGUCCAUUUUAUUGUAUAGAACAGGCUUCCUCAACCUCGGCCCUCCAGAUGUUUUGAGACUACAAUUCCCAUCAUCCCUGACCACUAGGCCUGCUAGCUAGGGAUCAUGGGCGUUGUAGGCCAAAAACAUCUAGAGGGCUGAUGUUGAGGAAGCCUGGUAUAAAACACCAAGGAAACCUUUACUCAGCAAAGACACUCAGCAUCUCCUCAAGUUUAAGAUUAGCAGGACUUGACACCACCAUGAUAUAUUGCCUGCCUAGCUUUAUUUUCAUAUUGGCCACAGGACAUAACAGAAAUACAAAAACCUAAUGAUGACUGCAAAACUCAUAUCUUAUAUAAAGGGAUGGAGUUGCGUUUUAAUGCAAAUUUGCAUGUCCCAAAACAAUGUGCAAACAUGAAACAUAGCUAUUCUUCAAAAUGUGCACUACUCUGAAUUUUGCAGUGUGGCUCUCCAACCAAAUAACAUGUUCAGUGUGUGUAUAUUAGGGGAGCAUGUGUAUAGAAAUGCAGUGAGGGAGGGAAUGUUUGUUGCUGUUGUUAUUUUCUGCUUAUACAUAUUAGUUUAUCCUUGUUGUGUCAUUUACCUCUGUAUACUCAUUGCAUUACUUAUCUGCACUGGAUAUUAGUUACCUAUAUACAGCAUAUGAAAGAUAAAUAAAAAGGGUUUUAUUAAAAGAAUAAGAAGAAGAAACCAAUGCCUAUAUUGCUCAAAUAGCAUACCAAAACAUAUAUAUUACGGGAAAGUGCUUGAAAAAAUAUGCAUAUUAGGAGAAAUGUGACCUAAAAUCCUGAUAAAUUCUUGUGAGGAUUUUCUAAAAAUAAAAAUAAAAAUUUUCAGACUCUCGUGAAAAUGUGGGGAACUGAACUUGAGACUGGAAAAAUGAGAAACUGAUAUUGCAAGAUUUGCCCAUUCCUACUCAUAUGUUAUCAGGGUGGACAAGAGGUAGGUUAAUCAAGAUUGUUCCUGGUUAUUCAUCUAUCUUACCUUUUCGUCACUAAGCAUUACCUUGUUGAAACCGUCCUAAUUUAAGGUUGCUUUUGCUGAAAUCAGGAAUCAGUUUUUCAAAUACCAGUGCUGAAUUACUGUGUGCAGAACCACAUAGAGCUGGAAUUUUAAUCGUUUUGAGACACUGUAGUAUCCCCACCUGCUUUUCUCUUCCUUUCCUUUUCAUGCUCCUGAUUUAUAUCUGAGUGAAAGGUAUGCAGGUUGCAGGUAAAAACUCCAGGUACAUUUUAUUAACAUGAGUGUGCAGCAUACCACACUGGAGGGAACACACACCUACACACACACACACACACACACACACACACACAUAUUACUUUGAGGCAUCUCUACUUUAUUACCUUGUUUUCAGGCAUGAAGUAAAUGAAGCAUGUUGCCCUCUUUUUAGGAAGUUCUUAUUAACCUACUUCAUUUGAUCUGUUGAUUUAGUUUAGUUUCCCUUUAAUCAGAUCAAUCUUAAUGAAGCCUCUGGAGACAGUAGGCUGAAUGAGGACAUACAGUGGAAUUAUGACAGAGCAAGAAAAAUGAGUGCUUGUGGGGGUACUAGAGGGUGCAACACUGCAUGUGAACUACCAAGGACAGGAUUGUGCAGACAACCCUUGCAGAAAAUAGUGUGAUGUUCAGAUGACCUGCCCUUCAUACACAUCCCAUAAAACUUUCUACAAAAUCCCACGUUCUCUAGUAGCCUCCUCUAACUCGAGGUCAUCAAAUAUUGAUGGACUACAACCUGCAUCAUCCAUGAUCAUUAGCUGUGGUGGCUUGGAAUGACGGGGACCCAGUAUAUGGAGACCCAAGGUUGGGGAAAGGUUGGUCUGCAGGAAGCAUUGAUACACACGGGUUGAUGCCUGGGUGUGAGUUGGUUUAUUUGUAGUUGGAUUGGAUCAGCUUCAGAGGAAGUACACAAUCUGCCUCACUUUUCUUGGAGCUAAACCCAAGCAUCCCCCACUAGACAAGUGUCUUGCCCCUUCCCGUCUCCCAAUUACUCAACGUAUGUGAUUGCUUGAAGGAAAGGCACUCUUCCCAUACAAGUUGCAGUUUAAUAAUAAAAUUAAACAAGCCUGCAGUCCUAAGCAUACCUACUGGUCAAGUCCAUCAAAGUUAAUGGGACAUGAAUGGAUGGGAAUGCCAAUGUGAAAUACACUGUUGUUUCUUUUUCAGAAAUCUUAACAUGGUGGACAGUGCUUGCCUGCCCCAGAAAUGUACUUUGCCUCCCCCCUUCUUCAGCACAUUUUCUGUCGCCACCACUGACUCUCUUUCCCUGAACCCAAACCAUCUGUAUCUCCUUCCGUCUGCCUGUCCACCACAGUAUAUUAGAUGAGGGAGGUGUAAAGUCCUGAGGUGGCAGAAUGGCCUAUAUGCUGUCGGAGCAAUACCAACGCUCCCCCACUUAAAUCUCCUUACCUAGAGAGAGAGAGAGAGAGAGAGAAGGAGGUUGUAUCUCAGCCUUCUGUCUACACUGCUAGGCCAGAGCCUCUUCUUCCAUUGAUCUGCUCCUUCGAAGGUGCAGGUAGGGGAGAAGACAUUGCACUUAGCAAGGGAGAGAGGAGGGGCUUCUCUUUCAAUUCCUGCUUUUUUAAGCAGGUCACUGCCUUUUUACACAAUCCUGUUGCUAGUCAAGAGAAGCAGGAUGCUGAACCCCUCAUUUUGGGAACCCUUCUUAGCCCUUGGUCCCUGUUAUUUCACAAAGCAUCGUCGUCAUCAUUUAUUAAAUUUACAUACUGCCCUUCAUCAAGAGACCACAGGUUGCUUUACAGUUGUAAUCAUGCUUUACAACACCAUGUUAAGAUUUACUCUUUCUUUACCAUCAGUGUUGAACUGGUCUUCUGAUAGCGGAGAGCAGGAGAGCGUUCUGAUAAGGACAUGUUCAAUGGCUCUCCCAGUGGGAAAGUGUGCAGUCAGAAAGGGAACCUUCAGACACAUGCAGGGGAAUGCUGCCUCUGUGGGUUGCAGUGCUGAAGUCCUGGGAGGUAUAGUGAGCUCAUUGCAAAUGCUGCCCUGCAGUCCUUUACCAGCAGUCUGUGUUCCUUUGAAGCUGGGAAUCAGACUGGACUUUCAGUUAAGCGUAAGUACAAACAUGCCUAACCCAAACGAGGCUCUGCUGUAGUGCAGACAAGGGAGUGAUACUUUAAAAAGAAGUGAACUUGAACUGCAGCUGUUUACACACAUUUUUCCCCUCCCCCUUUGAGUCACCAAUGUCUGAAGAAUGAGCUGUUAAUGAAACGUCAGGGUUCAGUUCAAUUCAGAGAUGCAUGGCAUGUUGGUUAUAGAGAGGAAGAUUGCCAUAUUUUAUUGGACAUAACCAUAUUAGAUGCCUCCCCCACAACCCUGAAGGAUUGUUUCUUUGCAAAAGGAGAAACCAGAGGCAGUUAAAAAGGGAACAAGCUUGAAGAAAGAAAAGCAAGGGAGAGAGGACAGCAGUGGAAUGAGAGAGAACAAAGACGCCUUUCUGAAGCACAGGUGUGCCACCUAAAAUGGUAAAGAAAGCAGGGGAGAAAACUUGCAUCCACUUGUUAUCCACACAUAAAGUAGUUUUAUAGUGCUUAGGAAAACAAAAUGCCCUGUCAAUCAUUCAACCCUUCAUUUAAAUUUUAAUCUGGUUUAAUAUGAAUCAAAAAUUCAAAAUCUUGGUUCAAGUACUUGCAUUCCCCCUUGCUCUCUCAGUCAUACAUAAGGUGUAGUAAUGUAUGGGAUCUAAUUUGGCAUAUAGCAGGGAUGGGAAAUGUCCAGCCCAUAGAGACAGCACCCCCAUUUGACCACACCCACCAGCCCUACAUCUGACGUCAGGUAUGGGGAAGGAAAGAUGUGGCUGCGACAAAGGGGCUUUGUAGGCACUGUCAACCAGCUGGUUGUACAGCACUUUGCCAACAAUCAGCUGAUUGGUGGAGCUUACACAACUGGGGUGGGGAAGAUAAGGAUGUAGGCAGGAUGGAAAAUUUGUGGCCCUCCAGAUAUUGUUGGAUCCCCAACUCCCAUCAACCUUGACCAUUGUUCAGGCAACAUCUAGAGGAACCCAAGUUCUCCACCCAUGACAUAAAUGUUCUGAUGCUGAAACAGUACAUAGAAACAAAACAUACAGCAAUAGAAAGGCUUGAUUUUGGGUAAUCUCAGUGUACCAAAACUCUACAUGGGUUCCACUUCUGUUCAGUUUAUAUUAUUUAUAUUUAAUGGAGCAGGACGUCACUCGUAAAGUUUCGUGCCAGAAUAAAUAAAUUAAUCUUUAAGGUACCACACUACUGGGAUGCGGGUGGCGCUGUGGGUAAAACCUCAGUGCCUAGGACUUGCCGAUCGUAUGGUCAGCGGUUCGAAUCCCCGUGGUGGGGUGAGCUCCCGUUGUUCGGUCCCAGCUCCUGCCCACCUAGCAGUUCGAAAGCACUCUUAAGUGCAAGUAGAUAAAUAGGGACCGCUUUAUAGCGGGAAGGUAAACGGCGUUUCCGUGUGCUGCGCUGGUGCUGGCUCGCCAGCUGCAGCUUCGUCACGCUGGCCACGUGACCCGGAAGUGUCUUCGGACGGUGCUGGCUCACGGCCUCUAGAGCGAGAUGAGCACGCAACCCUAGAGUCGGACACGACUGGCCCGUACGGGCAGGGGUACCUUUACCUUUACUUUACCACACUACUAUUUAUCUUCUCCUUUAAAGAAAAAAAGAAAAAAGAAAAGGAAAAAAAAGGUGGGAUAUAUAUUGCAUUAGGUAAUGAUAAAGAGAUUGUGUUUCAUUAAAAACAAAAACCAUACGUUGAAAUACUACAUUCCAACACAUUAACACCAGUUGCUUCUGUUUUAUGCUCUUAUCAGUCUUUUACAAGACUUAAACAAUUCUGUAGUUUUUCACAGUUGGUGACUCCAUUUAGGUUUUUAAUUACAAGUAGCAGCUGAAAUGGCUUGGAUUGUUACAAUUUUCAGUUGCAAAAAACCGAUAGCUUCCAGGAACAACUGGUAAAAAACAAACCCUAAACAGUGCAUUUGUUCAGUUCGCAUUGUAGUAGCAGAUACUUUCACAGGCUGCUGCACACCAUUUGCCGUGCAAAAACAAUUUGAUUAAUGAAGUCGUGGAUGGUGGGCAGAAAUCUCUGGAAAUAUCCAGGCUGGUUCCCUUUGGGGUAGUGGCAGUGUAAAUGUUUGAGAUACAGAGACUUUAUUGACCGAAGGAUUUAUUAACUCGGCUGGCUUUUAAUAUGUAACCUGGGGUGGGCAGAUUUAAAUUAAGAACUCUAUGUGUAGAGGAAAAAUAGCUAUACAUUCCACAUUAGAGUAUUUAGCUUGGAGGGCAGAAAAUGUCUGAUAAAAAUAGACAAUUCCAAAACUGAGUAAUUACAACAUCACCUGAGUGUACACACACGGGGGGGGGGGAGGGGUUAAAUCAUUGAGCUCUCCAGAUUUCUGUUCCUAGUUUUUGUUUUAUUUUUAAAAAUGAAGAAGGGAAAGUAUAUUACAUCCAAAGUUUGGUCAAAUUUAGGCAAUUCCCUUUCAGAGGGGUUCUCAAACUGUGGCUGCAACAGGCAGAAAAAUCAUUUAGUGGUCCCACCAAGGCUCUCAGCAUUUUUCAAGUGGUCUAUCUGAGGGGCUGAGGAGAGUUUUGAGAAUCACUUCUCUGACAGUAAACCCAGACAGUCAAGCAUUAGUCAGUCUGGAAACUAAAUGGGCUCACUCAAAAAUAAGUCAGUGGUUUCCACAUACUCAGGGGACACCCCAGGUGUGCUGUUGUAUGCAAGUUUGUAAAUCAACAGAAAAAAUAUAUAUUAAGAAACUCUAAGCAACCAAGCAAGGACCCAUGGGAUUCCAGGAUAUACAAAAUGUUAAGACAUUAGUCUGAGAAGGAGGGAAGGAGAUAACAAGAUGGAGGCAGAGAAUAGAGAAUAGGCUUGUUCAGGCCAGUGACACUUUAUAGUAGGCAUCCUAGAUGAGGGAUUGGGAUUGCAGAAAAACAUGCCAUGAGUUUGUUUGUUUGUUUUUUUUAAUUGUACAGGGAUGUUUCAGAGUGGAGAAAAUCUAUGCUGGCUGGGGCUGUUGAGAAUUACUACCCAAAAUAACUUGUGGGCAGCAGGUAGGCGAAGGCUGGUCUUAGCUUGCAUUGUUUGUUUUCCUCAAAGUGGCUCAUACUGAAGCAACAAGGUCUAAAGUGAAAUGUUUGUUUGGUGGUGCAGGUGCAGUUUUGUGUUUUAAGGUGAGUGUUGGCUGUCAGAAGCUCUGUGUCAUGCCUUGCUCCCAUAAAAGCUGGUUGCUUUUCUGCGACAGAUAAGCCCUGCAUUGAAGGGUAUCAGUGCCCCACCCUCACAGAGCAAACAUUAAGUGAGCUAUUCAGAAAUAAAGCUUUGUCUAUAUUCCCACUUAAUUCAGCUCCAGCACACUUGCACCACUGGUGGUGGAAGCUGAGUACACAUGACGCUAGCCACAAUCCAUAGGAAACCAGUUCAGGCAGUCAUUGCGCAUGUGCAGAUUACAGCUUCAGUGAACUGGAGUUUCAUGCACUGAAACAAAUGAGGUAAUGGGCAUUGGUGAAGUGACUUAAAAUGUAGCAGAGGAAAAUGACUUUGCUGGGCUCCAAGCUGCUAAUGUGUACAUACCCUAUAUUAUGGCCCAAGAUUCUUUGGCUAGUUUGAAAAGUACAGAAUGAGAUACUUAAAGAGAGAACAGAAACAAUAGUUUCAAGGACUGGGAGAAACAAAGUUCUCUGUGUUGCAAUACUGUGCACGGUCAAAGCUAGGCAAAGCUUUAGAAUACAGUGGACCCUCUAGUUACGUACUGCUCUGGAUACGUAACUUUCGGGUUACGAACGCGGCAAACCCGGAAGUGUAUACUUCUGAGUUUUGCUGUGCGCCUCUGCCUACAAACUUUUUGGGUUGCGGACGGACCCCCGAAAUGAAUUUAAUUCGUAUCCGGAGGGUCCACUGUACAAUCAUACCUCGGUCUAAGAACAGUCCUGUUAAUGAACGAUUCAGGCAACGCACUCCGCAAAACUGGAAGUAGGUGUUCCAGCUAGCGAGCUUUGCCCUGGAAGAUGAAUGGAAGACAAACCAGCACUGGCAAUGGGAAGCCUCACUUGGGGAAAGCACACCUCCGUUUAAGAACGCUUUCAGUGUAAGAAUGGACUUAUGGAACGAAUUAAGUUCGUAAAAGGAGGUACCACUGUAUUUCAAGGGUGAGUCUACUCCUGUUACCACUCUUCAGUUGUGCAUCAGGGAUAAAUAGUUGUCAACUCAAAUGGAAAUAAAGCAAAAAGAAUGCAUGGUUCUAAGCAGACAAGAUCGAAGAUAGUAUUUUUAAAGAACGGUGUGUGCCUCCUUAUACUGGUCUGCAGCAAACAUAGGAACCAACUCCUAGGGGUCAUGGGGGCUUCGGCUCCCACAAUAAAAUAUUUGAGGGGGCUGGACCCCCACAAAGUUGAUGGGCAGUCCUAUUAAAGUUGUGUGUGUGCACUGCAUCAUGUGAUCAAUUAUGCAUGGCAGGGCUUACCUUGGGCCCCCACAAUAUUUUAUUCAAGUUGGCACCCCUGGCAGCAAGGAAAACCAGCAUCCUUUGGGGGGGAAAAAGCACUUUCUACUUGGUAUUGGUGGCUGGAAUUAUUCUAAAGUUAUAACAUAAUAACUUUGCUAACAAAUUGGACUUGUUUUUGUGUGACAGUAUAUUCUCUGGGCAUGUUUGCACGUCACAGUAAGUCAGCAUUGCUUCCAUGGGGCAGGAUUCAACUAAUGCGUCCUGUCAGCGGAAGCCCUUUGCAAUAACUUUUUCUUGUGCAAUGGGGCUUUCCCCCAUCUCCUCCCCCUGUGCCCGCUGACAUUGGCUUGGGGGUAGAUCAGAAGAACCCAUGGAAAAGCACAUGGUGGUGGGGAGGAGAGGGGGCAUCAUUCUGUGUGGCAAGCCAAAAUGCUUGCACUGAUAGAAUGAUUAGUGCAACAUUGAAUUCCUCUCAUGAUUUAUCAGGAAUAAGCAGAUAUAUUCUACUGUGCUCUUGUCAUGCACAGGGAAAUCCAAAGCAAGAUGUUCAGACCCAAGUUCAUUGUUUGCUUCCUCUUAAGUAGCCAGGAAUCUUUAGUCAACAAACCAUGCUUUUAUGGCUAGUAAUUCUGGUUUGCCAGGGAGCAACAGUGCACAAUCCAGGACAUCUCAAAAAAGCCAAGUUUAGUAUCAAUUUCCUGAUUUGUUUCUCUCACGUGCACCAGGGAAGGAGGAGCUCAGCAGGAGCAAUUAAUCAGCACACAGCUAGUUUCCAAUAAACCAUGGUAAGUUAGAAACCCUGAAGUAUGGACAUGGCCCGGUGCGUUGGGAUGUUUGUAUGGGUAUUGUUUCAUUCAUUUGGCGACCAGAUGGAGAUAAACAUAUCAUACCCUAGACUGUGUGUGUCCUAGGAAGAAUUGGGGAUUAAUUUGGCCGGCUAAAUAUGGAACAUUCUUCUGGAAAUAAUCUAUUAUAAACUGUAAUACCCAGUCACCUUCACAUGUUUGCAAUGGCCAUUGGUUUUUAGCCAAUGAAACUUGACUUGACUUGUGCACGUUGAAUGAGAAAAGAAGCACAGGAAGGUUCCCAGCACUUUAACUGGCUGCAGUUCAGAUCCCAGUGUACAAGAAGGGGUUUGGAAACUCAGAUCUCAUCUUAUGCCAUCUAGUGGUGAUUCUGAAUAGCAGUUGUCCAGUUGUCUGAAUAGCAGUUGUCAGGUUUUAGUCCACUAAUACCUGACACGUCCAUGUUGUGUUUGUGCAAUAUUCAGAAGCGCCAACAAUGUUCCUGCAUGACAACAUUAAUCGUGUGCAUGCUUGUAAGCUUUGACACAUGUGCAUUCUGUUGUAAAUCAUGUCAUUCAUGGCAAAAAUGCUUUGUGAUAUUGAUGAUACAUUCUGUGGAAGGACUGUAGUUCCACUUCCAGUAUUUCCAGGGAGAGAGGGACAAGAGUCCUUUGGAUUAAAUCCAUCCUUGGUUUGAAGGUAUGACUGCACUUAUUAAGUUCUUUUGUCCUUUAUAUAACCAAUAUCAAAUCCCCCCUCCCAUUUUGGUAAAUGAGUCUUUGUGACUUGGAAAAGUUCUUUAAUGUUUAUCCAUGAAGACUUUUUCUUUAAAUGUGACCUUUAGUGGGAGAAAUCACACUGAAUGCCUUUUUAUUUCUCAUUAGCAUCUGCAGAUCUGCGUGUGGAAUUCUGAUACCUUCAAACUGAGCAUUGAUACUUGCUGAUGUGAUGGCAUUGUGCAAGAUGAGAGAUGCAAAAUAGGCAAGUAGGUAAUUCUAUUGGAGCAACUGCUUUUUGAAUAUGCAUGUUACCUGUUAAAGAUAGAUAAGCGUUAAUUAAGAUAUUUUAAAUGCAUGCAGUAAUGAAGAUGUGUGAACUUGUUUUGCAUUCAGCAGAAAAUGGACAGCCUAGAAAUCAUAGUGUUGUAGAUUCUGACCAGAGUCUUGAAAACCCUCUUUAAAAAAUAAAGCCGAGGCCUGUAUUCUUCUAUAGUUCAGAUUGCCAGUGGCCACUGCAACCUGCACUCAUCUUUCUUUCUAAAAAAGCUUAAUUUUAUCCAUUCAAGCUUGUUAAUGGAUUUUUUUUCUUACCCUCCUCUGCUCUAUCACAACUGCUGCACUUAUGAAUGGCCUUUUGCUGUAAUAUGUAGCAGUGCUGUGAUGUACAUUACAACCAGGCCAGCAGAAGGCAGUGCCAGCUUAGCUUUGUGGAGCUGAUGUCACCUUUAAUUCAUGUAUGCCCCCUAGGCCAUUGCUGGGACUAACAGUGCUGGCAGAGGUGGAUGUGAGUAACGUAUUGUACAGAGUGUGCCAGACAUAAAAUCAGUUCUCAGGCUUUUUUUGGUAAUGAUACAUUCUUUCUCCCCUUCUUCCUCUCAGUUAUAAGAACCUUAUGCUUUGAUGUGCAACAAACAGCAUGCCGUUCCUCUGUCAAAUGUUGGCUGCAGCUUUUGUUCAGCUCUUCAUAGUCUCCAAUAGUUGGAUUCUAGCCAAGAACAUCAACUUCCAUAAUGUGAGACUUCCAGUAGACCGUAAGUAGCCAGUUACAGUUCUGUUACAGUUUUGUCGGCUAUGCCAGUACAUAUGUUUUCAACUCUUUGGGCAUUUUCUAUUUGAAAUGCCUUGUAUCAUCAUCAUCAUCAUCAUCAUCAUCAUCAUGAAUUCACAAUGCAUUUCUAAUAGACCUAAAAGCUAAACAUCAACUUGAUUGUCUCUGGUAGUUGUUAAUUUUUUGGUUGAGCCCUUGAUUAAAGCACACCUUCAUGUUCCUCUUUUUAUUACUUUUGCUACAUCUUUCUCAUACUGUUGUUUAGGACACAUCCUGCUGAGAUUUUGCAUCUGUAAUUGAACAUAGCGGUUUUCCAUGUGUUGCCUUGCUCUUUGGAUGUUGUGUCACAAGAAACCAGGGGCUGGAUGGGCUCCUCGUUUAAAGUCUGUCUGCGCCACUGUAUUGUAGUUCGUGCUGAUCUGUUUUAUUUAACCUGGUACAGUGGGUACCCCACAAUGGGCUAUGCUGCCACCGAGGGCUCUUGAGGUGAAGAAUAAAAUCAAGAAAGCAUCCAUAAGACAAAAUCCAUUUUGUGUAUCUUGGUUGGGUGUGAGAGACAGGAUAUAAAUGAUUAACGGUUUCAUACAGAGAAAACUGAGCAAAACUCCACUCAUGCAAUGGGGCUUUCCUAGCUCCUCCCCGCAUGGCAGCCCCCUGCACACACCUGAAACCCACUCUUAAAUCAAUAGGCCCAUAGUGGGUAUACUUAGGAUUGUGAUGCAAUUCAACAAGGCUCAUUGCUGUUUGGUUCCCCUCUCUCCGGAACCCAACUGGGGAAGAACUGAAUUUGGGGAUAUGACAUUUGGACAUUUGGGAUUCUGAAACGAUUUACUUCUUUUCAUUUCUUUAUUUUUAUUUUUUAAUUUCAAAGCUACUCCAUUUCCAAGCAGCUUCAAGUGUUUUACAUGUGACAAUGUGGUUGACAAUUACAACUGUAACAGAUGGGCUGAAGACAAAUGGUGUCCUCAGAGUAAGUACAUGGGGAACAGUAAGAUAUUUAAUGUUAUUUGUUCUGGCUUUUGCAUCUGACCACACCAUAUUUUAGAUAUCAAAGUAGCUAAGAAGGUAUUUAACACUAUUGGCUUUAGAGUACGCUGCUGUACUUGCCAUGCUUCUUAUUUGUCAUAGAGCCAAUCACAUGUAUAUCUGACUUUGGUGUCCUUCAUAUCUUAUCAGUAACUUCAUUUUAUGUUGUUGCUGUAAGGCUCUUUCCCAUAGGGCUGUUUCCAUUCCCAGCUUGUCAUCCACUGCACAGAAAGCACCCACAAGACCAAACCCACCAAUAGGAUGCCAAGACUUUAACAUGUCACAAAUCAGCAGUUCCUCUGUAAUAUAUGAAGGGCACCUUUGGAACAUGUUAUUGGAAAACAAAAUGGUGACUUGGUAUUGGAAAGGUGGUUGUCACUCCUUUAGUUUUUGUCUAGGUAACACCCACACCCCCAAUCUCUAUGUGUGCUGCAGAUUGCAUUUAGAUGCAAGCAGUGCUGUCUUGCCUUUUGUGUGGGAAAAUGUGCUGGUCAAAGGAAUGGGUGCAGGGUGGGUUGUGCUAGUACCCUGGCCACCUUCUCCAGUACCUUAGGAAAACCUGCAUCCAGUGGAAUGCAGGAGCGUAUGCUAAUAUGUAGGGAUUUCCCAUCUAAGGAAGAACAGGACCAGAAAGUGUAUGCCCUAAUUUCAGAGAACAAGCUUUUAAAAUAUUCUGAAGCAAGGAGAGAUGUGUCUGUGAUCAAACCAGGUGAUGCAGGGCAAUGGAGGCAGAAAAAGAAUGCCUUAUUUAUGAAAACUCCAGACAUCCUGAGUUCUGGUCAGAAAGUCCAGUCUCUGAUUUGAAUCUCACUGUAUCAACUCUAUUACUGAUUUUCUCUUCUUCCUUUUGGUUGCUUAGACACAGAGUACUGCUUGACAGUCCAUCACUUCACCAGUCAUGGAAGGAGCACCUCUGUCACUAAAAAAUGUGCUACCAGAGAAGAGUGCCGUUUUGUUGGAUGUCGCCACCACAGGGAAACUAGUCACACUGUGAGCAUUGCCUUUUUGUGUACAGGAAAGUACUUUAGAACAUGGUGCCCUCUCUGUCCUCCACACCCAAGGCAUAAAUUAGGCAAUCAUUACACUCAGAAGACAACAGUAAUCCCCAUCCCAAGUAUAGUUGUUGCCUUGCAUUGGUGAUGAUGGUGAUGAUGUACAGUGGUACCUCUGGAUGCAAAUGGGAUCCGUUCUGGAGCCCCGUUUGCAUCCUGACGUGAACGCAACCCGCGUCUGCACAUGCGUGGGUCACAAUUCGCCGCUUCCGCGCAUGCGUGUGAUGUCAUUUUGAGCGUCUGCGCAUGUGCGAGCAGCAAAACCCGGAAGUAACACGCUCCGUUACUUCCGGGUCGCUGCGGAGCACAACCCAAAAGGCUUAACCUGAAGCGACUGCAACCCGAGGUAUGACUGUAUUAAGUUUCUAUACCGCCCUUCGUCCAAGGAUCAUAGGGCAGUUUACAACACAAAAACACACAACAUAGUAACAAACAAAAACAGUAAUCCCCCUCCCAGUUUAAAAGGCCAUAGUGUGUAUUAUUAAUUAUUAAAUUUAUUUUAGUCACUCACCAGGAGCAGCUUAUUAUGCACAUAUUAGCGUUCCAGAAGAAGCUGAUUACAUUGCACAGAACAUACAAAUAAUUUUUGCUUGGUUCGCGUUUGUUUAUGUAGGUUGCAGAACAUCAGUCAACUAGAAUUUUGAUUUUUAAAUUUAUUUUUAAGGACAAGAGGCUGGAAAAAGCAAGGUUUCCUUGGCCCUUGUGUUCUUGCUGACAGCUGAGGUCCCAGACUGUCAGACAUCUGUGAUCAGGCCGCUAAGGGAAUAUCUUGUAUGUGGGUUAAUACAUUUUGACCUAGAUAUUGCAUGCAUGUAGUAGACAAAAUGAUGCGUGUUUAUAUGUAGCUGAAUCACUGAUGGAGGUCUUCACUGUUGGGAAUUGGUGUGGCCUAUUGACAGAAGUGUCAUGCUUGGGCAUUGGCCAAAGUAUCAGCUCAGUUACAGAACUCACUGGGUGCUUUUGGCAUCUCAUUCAGGCUGAAUCUCAGUCUCACAACCAUAAAAUGGGGACAAUGGGCAUUAUUUUCACAGAGCUGAUGUAGAGGAGAAAAACCACGAUAAUUAUGAAGCAGGGGGAAGCCAGAACAUUCAACAAUGCUGGCCACAGAUGAAGGAUGUUUCCUUUGCACUCACAUGGUUUACCAUUCUGUUGCUGGCAAUGGGAAUCUGCAAGUGUGCAUUCUUCUAGGUUGCACAUCGCAUGUCAAGAGCAUUACACAAAUUAUUAACCUUCCGUUUAAAAGCACACAUUUAGCAGGGAUUCAGCCCUUUAUUAUGCAUUUAACAGUUACAUAAAAAUGUCAAGUUUCCGUUAAUUAAUUAUGGUAAAGAAACUGCUGCCAUAUGAGGCUGUGACAUUUAGGUUGCUUCCACUGUAAUUAGCUCUUUUCUCAGGAAUUACUGUCGUUCAUUCACUCAUUCCUUACAGAGGAUCCAGACACUGCCAUUGCCAAAUUGUUAUAUCCCAGGAAUCCCCAUCUCUCCCCGCCGGGCUCAAUUUGUGGCAUUUGUUUUCUAUUUCUUGCUGCACAACACAAAUGCAAUGUAGACAGGCAAAGCAUUGCUGAGAACUGCAACUUUUACUACUGUAGAAACAUUGCGGCUGCUGUUUCUCCGCUUUCAGUUCGAUUGACGGAUAAUAAUGAACUGCCAUUUAGCUCCUGUUCUGUUCAAGAGCAGUGGGUUCCUUUCUGCCUCCUUGACACAGCUACAGUACAGUACAUUUGGAUAACAUAGUGCCAUAUUACUGCUCUGUGGAACUUCCUUUCCAGUUAAGUGUAAGGAACUUGGUGUGGAAGCAACUUUAAUUGUUAUCAAAUAAAUCAGGAAACAGAUCGCUUGCUUAUUUGUAAUGCAGGUACUUGUGAAACAAAACACCAACCCACAGAUGCCAGGUACCACCAUAAAAGAGGCAUCCCUCUGCCAUGGUGUAUUGAUGGAAUGCCCUUUCUUAAGUUGAGCCUACUAUAGCAAAACAAAAAAUGCUCCUUCAGAAUGCUUAUUUUUCUUCACUUGCAACUUUUUGCAGAUGUAAUUCAUUGAUUAAUUAAAUAAAAAAAUCACAUGUUGUCUUUUAAAACUUACAGGAAUGCAUCUCUUGCUGUGAAGGGAUGAUCUGCAAUGUAGACAUACCAACAAAUCAUACUAAUGCGGUAUUUGCAGUUGUCCAUGCUCGGAGGACGUCGGGCAGCAGCCGACAGGCUGCUAGUAUCCUGUUGCUGGUUUCAGUCACUGCCAUUUUUGUUUUGUGACAUGACUCUUUCUGUCAAGCAGACUUAAUUUGUCACUUGGAGCUGUAUGAAGACCGUCUCUCAGAUGGUGACCAGUGCUACUUUUCUAGAAAAAGAGGUGCCAGAACUCACCUUGCAUGCCUCCCUCGUCCUCUUAGAAGGGCAAUGGCACCCACAUGAGAUGGUAACAAAGAAGAAGAAUUCUCUGACAUCUACUAAACAAAGAAAAAAUAUAGAAUGGUGCUGUGUUCUGUUGUUUUUGAAGAGUGCUGCUUUUACGGUGAAGACACCAGCAGAUGCUUGUUCAAAGUAUUAAAAAGACCAAACACGGUGACCAAAUGUUGUAUUGACUUGGCUAGUUACUGGAAUUCUAGUCAGUUGAAGAGUUUCUGGUUGAUAGGAGAAUUUGUACAUUUUGCAUAUUAUCUUAAUAAGGAAUUGUUCUUUUCCCCCUCUGAUAUGGAGGUUAAGCAUUGAACCCUCGUGUCUAUUUCCCCCCCUAAUAUCGUUUUUAAGAAUAAAUAGUCAAUUUGAUGAAGAUGAGUCUUUAAAAUGGAUGAAACAGUGUGGCAUCUGCUAAAACAUCCUAUUUAUUGGGACAUCAAGCCAUACUACAGCAAUAAAAUGUGAAUUACAUGGUUUUUCUCUUGCUGCAUCAGUUCUUCAAUAAUAAACUGUGGAAAAUUCAUGGGGGAAUCUAUGUGAUUACAGAUAGGUAUCAGUGCUCAAUACAAACGUCUCUGUGUGAGGCUGGAAAAGACUCUUGUCCUAAAUCUCAGAGAGCAGUUGCUGAUCAGUGUAGACAGUUAUUGAGCUAGAUGGACCAAGGUCUGACUCAGUUUACUAGGUUUCUUCUUGCAACUAUGGUUUGGAAAUUCAGAUAUCAUAGUCAGCACAAACCUUGGUUUUGCAAGCCUAUUUCUAAUUAUAGUUUGCUAACUAAUUACAACCAAUGGCAUCUCUACUUUUCUGUCAUGGAUAAGUGUCUUUCACCAUGAUGCCUGAAUUAAACCCAAGUAUAAAGUGGGGUGUUUUUUGGGUGGGGACAGGUGCCUUAGUCUAAGGCAGUGUGUGGAAAUUCUGGACCCCUUCACAGCCCAGAAGAAAGCACCUAAAGCCUUUAGUUUAGAUCCUGCCACAAGUUCAGCACAAUAGUCAAGAAGAAGACAAAGGGGAAACUCUAGUGUAUGCACAGAAACAGUUUGCAUGUGGCCAAUGAACCCACACUGGAUGGAGGCCACCAGUAUCUAUUAGCAUUACAAACAGCGCAUGAAUUGGAAACCUAUACAGCUAGUGAGAAAGCGUUUAAUACACCUGAAAUUUUGUAGCUUAGCAAAACCUAUUGUGCUCUUCCCCCCACCCCCAAUUGUUUUCAAUGUGUGUAACUUGUCUGGAUCUUGUUCACCAUGACCUUACAGAAAAUAAUUAGCAAUAUUAUACAGUGGAAACCAAACAAAACCCCGAGGUCCUGUAGGUCAUUCCUCAUCAGUGCACAAUAGUUUCCUCUUGUAAAAUUUGCCUUCAUGGUUCCUCCCCCUCCUCCUUUUGGAGGGGGUGGCUUUAUUCAGUCACCCUGUGGAUUUUGAAUGUGUUCUUAGUGGCCAUCCAAUAUCUAUAGGUAGAUGAAAUGUUGCAGUUAGGACUCCAGCCUUCAAAUCCUUGCUCAGGUACUGACUUGCAGGCAGGUCAGUUUGUGGGAACAUCCUUUCUCUACAUAACAAAUACAUCCUACCUCACAGGGUUGUUGUGAGGAUGAGAAAAAUAAAGACAUGAUUUGGUCCUUCUCUGAAUGAAUUCUUUUGCACGUGGAGAUCUUUGCAUGUACAAGG